AUGAACAAGCUGUAUAUUGGGAACCUCAACGAGAACGUGACUCCGGCGGAUCUGGAGAAAGUCUUCAACGACCACAAGAUCUCCUUCAGUGGCCAGUUCUUGGUGAAAUCUGGCUACGCCUUUGUCGACUGCCCAGAUGAGCAAUGGGCCAUGAAAGCCAUCGAAACUUUUUCUGGUAAGCCAAUGGAUCUCUCUUGUCUUCCCCACCCCAUCCCCCCGCUCUCUCCUUCUGAAGCCGUAGUGGGUUUAGUUUUUUUGUUUUUGUGGGGUUUUUUUUGAGAUUUUAAAAAAAUUUAUUUAAAAAUUUAAAGAAACACAUUUCUUUUUUUAAAACAACAACAGCAGCAGCAGCAGCAGUUAACUACCUAGCGCUCCCAGUUCUGGCGACCCUCUUUUCCCUUUCCAAGAUCCACACAAUGUGGUUUUGCAAAGAUGCGUUCAGUCACACUUCUCCGGUACUCGUGCGUCUUCCGCCCUGUUUCUUUUCUACCUCUGGGGUGUCAUCAAUGAAAGUUCACUUUCGUUUCGUAUUUCUCCCCCACUACCCUCCCAUCCGCAACUUGGGGUACUUGGGGACACACACACCGCUUUGCUCCCCCCUUCCCCCUGUCUAUCUGACCCCGAGUCGAGAACCAUGUUUCUUGUGUGUCUUGCGUAAUACACAACUUGUAGGGCCUAGGAUUUCUCCCAUCUGCUUCCAGUGGAUUUCUAGAGGGCUCGCAGAAUUCUUUUAUUUGUUUGAAUUCCUCCUCCCUCCCACCCAGAAUGUUUCCUCUUCUAUCAUAGUGGAUCCCCCUUAAACCGUCGUCGUUUUUUUAGCAUUCACCUUUUUUAUAUAUAUGAAAAAGGGUAAAAUUUGGCAAACCCCCUCGCAACGUGAAAACGCGCACACAAAAAGGGCGAGAAUGACAGUUUUCUCUUUUGCUCCCGGGAAGUCUUUGGACGCCCCCCUCCCACAAAUCAGACCCCGAUCUCUCUGGAGAUGAAAGGGGGGGAUCAAAUCAAAAUAUUAAGCCCCUUUCCCUUAAUUCGAGGUUCCAUGAUCAACCCCCCCCCCGGCCUCGGUGGUUCGUCUUGCAAGGCCAUUUGGGUUUUGCCAUGGGAUCAAAUUCUCUAUUUCUGUCCUUUAAAAGAGUGUGAGGUGGUUUGUGGGAUGGGAGAGGGGCUCCUCUGGAAGUGGGAGGUGGGGAGGGAAGACGGGAGUUGUUGGACUUUGGCCAUUUUGAUUUUAAACUGGGUUUUCCUGGGGCAUGUGAUGUGUGUAUUAGCGCGAAGGUCGCCAUGCUGCUAAGAGAUUGAGAAGAGGCAGAGAGGAACUAGCAAGCAAAGCUGAUGGUUGCCUUUUGCUGGAAAAAAACCUCUUUUUUCCCCCUUACUCGAAAGGAACACAUUAGAAUUUAGUUUCCCCAUCCUUUUCUAGAUUCACGUUCCUUCUUCCCAGCUGAAUACAGUUUUCAUGGAUUUUCUUAUUAAUUUUUUAAAAAAAGAUACAGCCGAACAAGUUGAGGUGGAAUAAAUCGACGGAAUAGGCCUUGCAAACCUUAAAAUUGCCUUUCCUGUGAUUAAACAGAUCUUCCAGCAUAUGAAGGAGGAAUGAAUUGAAUGUGCAAAAAGUAGGGUCAUGGGGAAACCUCCAUUAUUGGUUUCUUCCAUUGUUUAGUUAGUCCCCUCAAUUUGAAAUCCAGUUUUUUGUUUUAUCCAGAGGAAAACGCAUCUCAAGGCAGUGGGAUUUCUGGUGAAGGCAAUCUGAAUUCUCCAAUAAAAUUGAAUUAAAAUAUGAGGAAUGGGAGCAGAAAUUGAGCUGUACGUGAGAAUGGUGUCCAGAUUUCCAUAUGUACAUGUUUUUUUUAAAAAAGACACUUGUGUUUUUAGGCAAAGUGGAGCUGCAUGGAAAACAACUUGAGAUUGAACACUCAGUACCUAAAAAGCAAAGGUAAUUCAGUUGUUUAAUUUCUUUAAAAUUUUCCAUGUUGAGAAAAUUCCAUGUUUGCUUAAAGGAAAAGAAGAAAACCAUGUUUUUAAAAUUCCCCAGAGUUGUGCAGACAAAACUAGGUGUAUUAGCAUUUUCAAUCUCUGCUCUGAAAGGAAACUAUUUUGAAGAGAGCAGAAAACAAAAUUGGUGGCUAAUUUGAUCCACCACCCCCAUCCAAAUUCCUAGAGUUACUUUUGCGGAGCAAUCCUAUGCAAGAAGCUGGUGCAAAUUGGUGUAAAUUAAGCUGUCAUAAAGUUACACCAAAUCCAAACCCUGUUUAGCAGUGGGGCUGCUGCUCUGCUUAAUCCUGAACGAGGGAAAAACUUUUAAAAUAGUGCUUUUACACUGUAUUGCCAGAUCACUUGGCUGAGCCAAAUGGGUUUAGGAUCCUGCCUUAAGCCCCUCUCUCUGGUCCCACCCCCACCACGCCCCUUUUGGGGAGACUUACACAAGCCUCAACUCAUCCAGGCUGAGCAACAUACUCUGAUGUGUCUUGAGCCAGGGUUGGGGCCUUGAGCUUGACUUCUGUAUCCUAUGCAGCUCAUCCUAGUGGAUCUUGCCCAUAGGAUUGCCCCCUUAAAGUACCAGAGGGAAAAGAGAUAAAAUCAGAAUUCAGUGCAUUCAGAGGGAAUUUGAAAAUUGGGAGGCAGAGGCGCUCUUCUGUAAAUUUCAGGGCCAUUUACUGUAAAUAAAUACCUACUUGAACAGACUUUCCUCUGCAAUGCAACCUUUUAAUGCUUUGAUUUAAUUUAAUUUAAUUUAAUUUAAUGCUUUGUUUUAAUGCUUUAAUGUAUUGGUUUUUUUCUCAUUUGCUGCCCCUCUGAAUAAUUCUCAAACUUUACACCUUGGUGGAGAUGUAGUUAUCUCAUCAUGCUUUAAUGUGGUAUUAACAUAUUCAAUAUGUGUACUUGCUGCUUGUACAAUGGUUUGGUUGCCUGGAUUAAAAAUGGCAGAUUUGGAUAGGCAUGGUGAAGCAAAAAUCACAUGGUGUGGAGAAAAGUUAAAAUUACUCUUCAUUCCUGUGAAAUCUAGGAGACACAAACAUCAUAAUGCGCUGUUCCACCAGAAUUCAGUGUGAAUUUGUGUUUUCCAGGCAGUUGUUUAAAAAAAUAAAGGGGGUGGGAUGAAAUGUGAGUGUUUGUUACUAUAUAGUUCAAUAUAUUCUGUUUUGUGAUUCACAUCACAAUUUCUCUUUCUCCUUUUGGGGAGUGUAGAUAACUUGGACUUUCAAACUUUGUAGCAGAAUGUGCUGAUGGAGGAUAACAUUUCUUUUUUAUGAAUGACUUCCCUCAGCUCCCUCUGGAUUGGAAGGCUCCCGAAAUCUAUUCGAUAAUUUAUUUUAUUGUAGCAACAGGCAUGGGCCUUGUGUAAUGGGUGAUCAAUAGUGCUUGUAACUGUCUUUGUGGCAUGGUACACAGUGUAGCUGUGGUUUAAAAUGACAAUUGGGAGAAGGAUUUUUGGGCAGGCAAUUCUAGAAUGAAACAAAGCAAAAUAAACAUUUGGGAGCUGGGAUUGGGUGUUGGAGGGAGAGAAAAGGAACUUGAUUAUUCUUGUUUCCUGUUCAGCGCUUUCAAAAAAAGUCUGUCAGUUGUGUAGAAAUUUGAUGAUUUUGAGGAGUUGCUGAUUCUCUUAAGUCUUGCUAAGUAAUGCUAAGAAAUCUACCAUAUACAAAUUAAUCACUUGAAAGAUUUUGUAAUUCAAAGCACAUUGUGGUUAUAUGGGUGUAAGUAGGAAGAAAAAUUAAACCUGGUAGUAGACUUGAGGCAGAGAAAUCAAACAGAUCCCAGACGACUUAUCACUGGGAUAUAUUUUCACCUCCAUGCAUCUAAACAUCUGCCUUCUUAAUAGUCAGUGGCCAUGUUGGAGUUUUCAAAGUCUUCCUUAGAAGAGUUGGUCUGACGUCAUCUGUUGCAUGCCAGGAUUUUAUUUGUAGGUUCCCUUAAAAUACAUUUUUAACCUUGUGCUCAGGAUGUGUGAUAAAGUGACUUCAAUAGUUUCCCAAUAGGGAUUUUGCAUUUCUUUCCUAUAGAAGUGAGAGUAAAAAUGUUGAAUCUUUUGGGCAAGGUAUUAAGGGCAAGAAAGGAGAGCCUGUAUUUCAUACAAGAUCACUUUUCCAUUGAUAAAAAUGUAUGGUCUGCUAGCUUGAAUUUUUACAGGGCUAGGGUGUUUUCUUUCACUUGUAUCGAGACUUGAUUUUCUUGUUUGGGAUGAUACCCAGCUAGUUAAUUAAAUAUGAUUAGCAUAGUCUCAAUAACUGUGAGAGUUGUUUUCCCCUUCUCUCUAAAUCUGUAAAAAAUGUCACCUUUUAAGUGGAAGAAAAUUCUAGCCAAACAGAGGCAUGCUGAGCUGUAUUUGUAUCCUUUCAGUUUAUUUUUUUUUUUAAUGAAGUAAAACCACAGUUAAAUAUAAAUAAAGCUUGGCUUAUUUCUUGAGCCUCAUUUACCAGAAGUUGCCCCAAAAUACUCAGAUUUGAAAGGAAUGAUUUCUAGGAAUGAUUAUAAUCUACACUGCCAUUGACAUGGCAUGCCUACCAUUUAUAAACUCUGCCACCUGGCUAUCUUAAAUAGUAAUUAAAACACGUGCAGAAUGUGCUACUGGCCUCUGUAAAAAUGGUUGGUCCUGGAUAUAUCUAAAAGGGCUUAUCUCCACCACAAUUGUGAAUGAUUUCAGCUAGUUUUUAAUGAAUUGGUUGUUGCAGGAUGUUAUAUUUUUUAAAAAUGAAGCUCCACAAAUACCAAGUUGAGAUACCAAGCACAGAGUUAACAUUUUCUUAAUAUGUGAGAUGCACAGAUGGAUAAGUAAAUUUGUGAUUUCCUACUAAGAAAAACUGAACUAUAUACAAGUAAAGCAAUUACUUAAUGAGAAGUCUUGUUGGGUCUUUCUGGGACUGCAAUAUCUCUACUUAAUCUUGACAUUCUUGUUAAAAGUUGCAUUUACUUACCAGAAAGUAUUCCUGAGUUGCAACGUGAGUGUAGAUUUAUAUAUAUUUAAAAAGACUGUGUGUGUUUGGCGUGUGUGUUUUCAGUUAUAACUUUAUUGAAAAAAGGACAUGGGGUUUUUUUUUUUUUGCAAUUUUAUUCCUUAAAAGUCAGCAAAUUCCUUUGGUGGUGGAAAGGGUUAAUUAAAACAACCUCGAAGAUGUUUUAAGGACUCAAGAAUGUUAAGAAAUGUUUGGAGGUUAGGGGUGGGGUUGUCUCAGACUGAAAAGAUUGAAGUGGAUAGAGUUGUGGGGUGGGGUGGGGGACCAGGACAAAUGUGAAUGGAUAAGAACGAGAGGAGGGAAAAUUAAGUGAAUCCAUCAAGCAAACAUUCCAAAUAUGAAAGACUGGAAGUGACUAGCAUAGAGAGAAUGAAAUUUAGUAACUAAGGAAACAGUGAUUAUACCUCUGUAGUCAAAAUUCUAACUAAUAGGGACAUGUUGCAUGUGAUGGUUUUAAGGCAGUUUUUCUACAGGUAUAGCUAAGCUUUGUUAUUCACAAAAGUAGCACACUUAUUAAUUAUUAGGAUUUUUGUUGUUGUUUGGGGUUAACUUCUGUAGAAUUAUGAGAAAACUUGCUUAAGGUAUCUCGUCAAUACAUGUGCAGUGUCUUAAGUUAGGCUCUUUUUAAUAGAAUGUGUGAAAGCUUAGAGUAGAUGUGUAGUUUUCUACAAAUUUAGCUGAAGAUCGUGUGUCUGUGAGCUUUCUAUCCUUACAACAAACAAGGAACUAACAGGGCAAUCCUAUGCAUGCCUACUCAGAAGGAAGUCACAUUGAGUUUAAUGGAGCUUAUUCCCAGGGUGAUAGUGUGUAGAGGUUUGCAGCCUUAAGUUUAAUGGGAGAAUCUACAAAAAAACAUUUGCUUUAAUUUGUUACUGUUCAGUUCCCCAACAAAAGGGUUAACUUUACACUUGUUUUGCAUCAAAAGGAAAGAAAGUUGGAAUCAUGCUAAAAGCUUUCACUUAAAUGAGCUUAAACGUACUAUUUCAAAAUGGUUCUGUUUUGCUUUUUGCAUACCUGUUUUGGUAGAUUUACCUGUUUGGUAUUGCUUCAUAUAUUUUUUUGGUUACAGGCAACAGUGUCUUUCCUAGUGAAUUGUUGGGGGUAUAAAAGUAAGCUCAUAAAAUGAAAUGGGUAUUAGGGACAGGAAAGGCAGAAAUGACGUGUAGACUUAAAAUCUCUUUUGCAAUACAGUGGUACCUCAAGUUACAUACCCUUCAGGUUACAUAUGCUUCAGGUUACAGACUCCGCUAACCCAGAAAUAGUACCUCGGGUUAAGAACUUUUCUUCAGGAUGAGAACAGAAAUCGUGCUCCAGUGGCACGAUGGCAGCAGGAGGCCCCAUUAGCUAAAGUGGUGCUUCAGGUUAAGAACAGUUUCAUGUUAAGAACGGACCUCCAGAACGAAUUAAGUACUUAACCUGAGGUACUACUGUAUUGACUGAUUUCCAAUCCAGGAACUGUUCAUAGAGUUAAAGAUGUGCCCCCAAAGUAGCCCCACUUAGAGGCAAUAAAAAUGGGAAAAGGUUGGUGUGAAGCAGUUACCCCUAAGUGGCAAGAGAGCCAACAUGUGACAGGGAAAGUUUCACGUUUCGCUUCAUUGCUGGAUCGCUUCUAUUGAUCCCAUGCUGCAUACUUUUUCUGCAUGACGCACUGCUAAUUCACAUGAGGGAGAUCCCAUGGAUCAAGAAAAGUAUGUCUUGUCUUCAGCUUGGACCUGGUACCUUUUGAGUAAUGUGAAUUAAUUGGAUCCUCCUGGUUGAAAUUUUUAAAGUUAGAGAGGCACAGGCAGUCCAAACCUAUGCAUUUUACUCAGAGGUAAGUCCCAAUAGGGCUAAGUCUCAGGGAAACUGCAGCCUUAGGAGAAUUAUAAGCACCUAUUUAGUUCUUACCAGUUUCAGCUGAAGAGGGAACAAGGGGGCAGUUUUUCACUGGUUAGAAAAGUGUUCAUAUUUUACAUAAAGGAAAAAUAGAAGUUUUAGGAGAAUUCACAAGUAAUUCUUGUUUUGCAUUUGCAGGGAAACAUACCUCAAAUGAUAAAUGCCAUUCUUCCCAAGCCCCUUUUUAUGUAUUCAUUUCCCCUCAAACUUCCCAAAAUACCCAGAAAAAUGGAUGCUUUUCAGAAUUGUGGCAGCAAACAGUUGAGAAAGUUUGGAAAGUGGAAGAGAUUCUUGAAAAAAAUAAGACAAAUUUAGCAUUUAAAAAUCCCAAGCACCUAAGAUAGAGAAUCAACUCCCAAGACCCCUUAUAGGAGGUUCUGUUUAUUGGUAGCUAAUAACUAGCCUGCUCAGCAGAUACAUGCUGACUUUAUGAGUUGAAUGCGUUUCCCUUGGUGACACCACAAAAGAUUUCUUAAGUCUUAAUUCCUAUGCACACUUACCUGGGAGUCAGCCCCACUGAGCAUAGUGGGGCUUGCCUCCAAGGAAAUGUGCAGGUUAUACAGAUUGCACGGCAUGCCCUAUUAAAUUUAGUGAACUUUUGUGGGGGUUUUUUUUAAAGGCAGGGGGAAGCAUUGGUGGGAAAGUUCAGAGUUUCCUGAGAGGGUAGUGACACUUGCAACAAAGCAGCAAAUAUUUGCUUUAGAAGAUGCGUAGAAUGAUAAUUGGUUCUAGAAGUUGUGAUACCUACGAGUUGUCGCCCUCUAAAAAGAUGGCAUGCUAAAGAUCAUAGAAUCAUAGAAUCAUAGAGUUGGAAGAGACCACAAGGACCACAAGAUUUGGGAGAAGAAAGUGCAGCUUCUUAGUUGUACAGUGGUACCUUGGGUUAAGUACUUAAUUGGUUCCGGAGGUCCGUUCUUAACCUGAAACUGUUCUUAACCUGAAGCACCACUUUAGCUAAUGGGGCCUCCUGCUGCCGCUGCACGAUUUCUGUUCUCAUCCUGAAGCAAAGUUCUUAACCCGAGGUACUAUUUCUGGGUUAGUGGAGUCUGUAACCUGAAGUGUAUGUAACCUGAAGCAUAUGUAACCCAAGGUACCACUGUAAUUUGUUUUCAACUUUACACCACGUACUGUAUAGUUAAAUGGCAGUGUCCAUGAUUUCUGGGGUCUAAGAUGCUGCAUUUAUGAAGAGAGGAAGGUACUUGUGCAUAUUGGUGAGGCAGAACUUUGAAAACCAGGAUCCUUUACCCGGGACAGGGGAAUUGUGCCCUUUUCUUUUUGAGCAGUCUGUUCCCCCACAUUGCAGCUUGCUGCUUGAGAAACAUUAGCCCCAUGUCUUCCCUUGGGUUCACAGCAUUUGCCAAAUGGUUCUUUGGGUCCUGUUGUCAUGUGCAGUUCUCUGCAUCUUUGAGGACCUCUGACUUAGACUAGGCCAGGAUGAUGGUUUGGGUUUGGAUGUGUGGGUAUUCCUACCACAAGCCAGUGCGUAUUUAGCUAGGAGUAAACCUUGUUUGUGGACGCAGGUGGCACUGUGAUCUAAACCACAGAGCCUAGGGCUUGCCGAUUAGAAGGUUGGCGGUUCGAAUCCCCGCGACGGAGUGAGCUCCGUUGCUCGGUCCCAGCUCCUGCCCACCUAGCAGUUUGAAAGCACGUCAAAGUGCAAGUAGAUAAAUAGGUACCGCUCCCGCGUUUCCAAGCGCUGCUCUGGUUUGCCAGAAGCUGCUUAGUCAUGCUGGCCACAUGAACUGGAAGCUGUCUGCGGACAAACGCUGGCUCCCUCGACCUAUAGAGCGAGGUAAGCGUACAACCCCAGAGUCGUCUGCGACUGGACCUAACGGUCAGGGGUACCUUUACCUUUAAACCUCAUUUUACUUAGUCGGAUGCAGUUCUGAGUAAACAAUUUGGUAUUGUGUUUUGGGGUAGGGUUCAGUUGUAGCAGCCCAGUUGUGUAACAAAUAGGACUUCCCUUUCCUCCCCUCCCCAGUAGCAGGGAAGCAGAAUCCCAUCAUAAUGGGAUUAUAAAUAACAGAACCUGCUAUUCCCAAGGAAGAUAGUACAGUGGUACCUCGGGUUACAGACACUUCAGGUUACAUACGCUUCAGGUUACAGACUCUGCUAACCCAGAAAUAAUACCUUGCGUUAAGAACUUUACCUCAGGAUGAGAACAGAAAUCGUGCACCAGCAGCGCAGCAGCAGCAGGAGGCCCCGUUAGCUAAAGUGGUACCUCAGGUUAAGAACAGUUUCAGGUUAAGAACAGGUCUCCAGAAUGAAUUAAGUACUUAACCCGAGGUACCACUGUAGUGAAUUAGUGAACUAGACGACCCACAGGGUCCCUUCCAACUCUACAAUUCUAUGAUGCAUUUGGUGGUGUUUUUGCCAUUCUGUGGGAUGAGCAGUGUCUAUUUAUCGGAACCUCAGUGUCCCUUUUUCUUAUUGCUUGUCUUAAUACUUGAGUUUUGUUUUGAAGGCUGUGGAUCUGCUAGGAGAAGGUGGGAAACUUGUUUGGCCCCCAAGAUCAUUCAUGUGUUCUCAGCUUCAAUUGCAGCAUCUCUUAGUGUUGCUGAGAGAAAGUCCCCCAUCUGAGACCAUGGAGAGAUGUGGCCAGUCAUUUUAGACCAUCAUGGACCAGUGCUGUGACUCAUAGAUAUAAGGCCCUCUUCCUACAUUAAAGUGGUGGUGGUCCUAUUUUAUGAAGUUCUGGUGGGAAAUGUCAGGUUUCAGGAAUUCUUGCAAUCGUAAAGGGUAUGGAAACCAAGCCUUGUGGGGAACGGUUGAGGGAAUUGGGUAUGUUUAGCCUGGUAAAGAGGAGACUGAGAGGAGAUAUGAUAGCCAUCUUCAAGUAUCAAAAUGGCUGUUUUCUCCUGCUGCGGAGGGUAGGAUCUGAAUCAGUGGACUCUCCUUCCUUGGAGGUUUUUAAGCAGAGGUUAGGCGGCCAUCUGCCAUGGAUGCUUUCAUUGAGAUUCCUGCAUUGCAGGAGGUUGGACUAGAUGACCCUUGGGACCCCUUCAAACGCUACAUUUCUGUGCUCUCUAAUGCUGCAUUCUUUGGUGUAUUAGAGCAAGAGAAAAAGUUAGGAUUCUAUCCCAAGUGAUGCAAAGGAGAUCCACUUUCCUUUCAGCCGAGUGCUUAAGAACAUCUUCUUUAAUAUCACUUUUUUGAAGUCUGUAGUCAAAGGUGUUUAAAAACCUCUGCUGGACGCUUGAUUAAUGGAACAAUCCAACUAAGAAGAUUCAGAUUUAAGAACGGGUUUAAAUCAGUUUAUGCCUCAGCAGCUAGUAAGACGUUCGAUGUACACACAGGCUUCGUAUAUACAGCAUGCCUUGGUUCUCAAACUUAAUCCGUUCUGGAAGUCCGUUCGACUUCUGAAAAUGUUCGAAAACCAAGGCACUGCUUCCGGUUGGCUGCAGGAGCUUCCUUCAGCCAAUCGGAAGCCGCAUCAGACGUUCGGCUUCCAAAAAACGUUCGCAAACCGGAACACUCACUUCCAGGUUUGCAGUGUCUGGGAGCCAAAACGUUCAAGUCGCAAGGCGUUAGACAACCAAGGUAUGACUGUAUGUGUAAAACAGUUUUAAAGCACAUUGCUUUCCUUCAAAGAAUCCCGGGAACCAUAGUAUACCCCUCACAAAACUACAAUUCGCAAUCCUUAAUGAGCUAUAGGAUUCUUUGGAGCAAAACAGUGUUCUUUAAAUGCAUGGUGUGAAUGCAGAACAUGUCACCAUUAAAUCUCUGGAUUUAAGCCCUGGUCUCAUUUAUUUCACUGGGACUUAGGCAUGUUUUUCAUGAAAGAUGAAUUCAAGACAAAUAUUUUGUCUAGAUCUGAAUAGACAUUUCUUUUUUGCGGCUUUUGCUGAUCCCACUUCCCAACUAAUGCAGAAUACGUAUGUAUGACAAAAUUGCCUCCUGACAAUCUUAGGAAAGAAGUUGAAUCAAAAACAUGUUUUGGCUUGAUCCAGCCUUGUGUUGAACCUUCCAGAAGACUAACUCAGCUUGUGCAAAUUCACUGACUUUGGGCUGGGGGAAAAAGUUUACAUGAACCUGUAGAAGAUUGGUUGGAAGCCAAUAAGAUACAGAAUCGCCUUGAGGAAUCUUGAGAGUCAGAUUCCUGCUAUUUGCAUAGUCUCGGGCGAGUCACUAUUUCUCAUUCUGAGAUCCCCAUCAGCAAAAUAGAAAUAAUUCUGACUUACCUCUAAGGAGAAUUACGAGAACACAAACAAGAGUAAGACUCUAGAGAGCUGGCCAGUUAGAGAGCUAGAUAGCCCAAUGGUUAAAAGAUGGUUGUAGAAGAAUGGUGGUUCUGAGGGUUGUGGCUUUAGUAAGUAAAUUAACAAAAAGGCAGAUCUUUCAAACAUUUCUACUUUCCACUGAGAGGUGGUGCAUGAGGUUUACUGGUAAAAAAAUUCCAGCAGACAGUGGUACCUCGGGUUAAGUACUUAAUUCGUUCUGGAGGUCUGUUCUUAACCUGAAACUGUUCUUAACCUGAAGCACCACUUUAGCCAAUGGGGCCUCCUGCUGCUGCCGCCGCACCGCCGGAGCACAAUUUCUGUUCUCAUCCUGAAGCAAAGUUCUUAACCCAAGGUACUAUUUCUGGGUUAGCGGAGUAUGUAACCUGAAGCAUAUGUAACCUGAAGCGUAUGUAACCCGAGGUACCACUGUGGUUGAGUUAUACAUAAUUUUAUGUCUGAGGAGUGUGUUGAAUAUCACAGGUUAAGCUUUUUGUUCACGUAUAUUCUUUUGAUCCAUUAUACCAUAUAUGUACAUAGAAUUGGUCUAUUAACAUUAAAAAGGAAAGGAGGAAAGAGAGACAAACAUGUGAGAGUAGUAUUAGAAACUCAGAAAUAUAAGCUAGGUGCCAAAUGGCUCCUUAAACCAAGGUUGCAGUCGUCAAAACGGAAAGCCUAGUUUCCAUUUUGGGGCAAGACAGCACUAAAGUCUUAUUUUUCAAAUGAUCGACUGACUGUGAUUGAUUCUCAGUUACACAUCUGGCUAGUUCUGAUGACAACCUUGAGCUAGGUUAAGAGCUUUGAGAACUUAAAGAAGAAAAGUCGCUGGAUCCAGGGACCAUCCACAUACAUAUUGGCCUAUUCUGACCUCUUUUUCUUAAUGGUGACAGCUGCUGCUCACGCUACACAGAAAAAGCAAUGUGGUCCCUGAAAUUCACUCUGAUUGUGCGAAUAAAACAUAACUGGUCGAAUUCUACAGAAUGGGGUAUUAGUAUGUGAAAACACUCCAGAUCCAAUGAUCCUGGCACCCAGGCAUCUUCACUUGGUCAGAAGUGGUCUAAAGCCAGGUGCAAAAUGCACCUGGUGCGUGGUUAAUUUUGAACACCUGAAUACUAAAAAAGGGGAGGAGGCAAGGAAAAGAGAACGUGGAAAAAUUAGAGCUAUUCCUGUUAGUACCAGGGCUAGUGACCCAAAGGUGUGCAGUGUACCAAGCAGAGUGGAUAAAAAUCAAUGAUUUUUUUUUUUUAAUAAUCAGAUUUUUCAAAUUUAAAUCAGAUUAUUUUUAAUUUAAAUCGGAUUUUUAAAAUGGAAUGCUUUUGGAGGAAACAUCUUUCUAAAGAUAGUUUUCUAUUUAAGUUACAUUCUACUCCAAAGGUUAUUCAUCAGGAAAUAAGGAUUUGUUUUAAGUUUUUCAUGUGUGCUAAAACUCAGUCUAAGUUUUUUUAAAAAAAAUUGUUUAACCACAUAAUCAGUUAACAAACAUGGAUACAUAUGCUAUAAUGUUAUUGUUUUAGUUAAAUAAAUUGUUUACAUUUUUAUUCACGAAAUGAUUAUUUUUCUCCUUCCAAUAAAGUACAGCUGAAAAGUUGUCCAAAUAUAAACAAUUAACAUAUUAAGCCUCACAAUAAUUUCAUAAUUAUCUGUCUAUGUAUUUCUAAUAGUAUAACCAAAUCAGUAAUUUUUGAUAUAACUGUAAAAAAAACUACUCUAAAAAUUUAUUAUUCCAAAAACGAAACCUUCAUCUGGUUGUAAAUAUUAAGAUUAUACCAGCAAGAAUGAGUCUUUCUGUAAAAAAAUGAUUUAAAUCAAGUCUUACUGACUAGUGAUUUAAAUCAAUUUGAUUUAAAUCAGAUCCACCCUAGACCAAGUGAGGAUGGGCGGUCUUAACAAUCUGUGUCUGAGCCGCGUUGUUCAGACUGAAGAGCCAGCUCAAAGCCAGCAGCUUUAUAACACCUGGUGGAAUCCUAUUGGCUCCUUGUGUCGCCUGAUUUUGCUGAUCUGGUAGGUACAGAGACUGUGGCAGAGAUGGGUGCCCAGGUCCUGUUGCUAGAGUUCUGUUUGGGACCCUUGGCUUCUCACACAAGCCAAAUUCAGCUGUCUCUGGGUUUAUUUUGUUUAAGGAUCCUAUCAGCGACCCUGCCUCCUUCCAUCCAAGCACAUGGGUCCAGGUUCCUGUAAGGAAGGGAUGCGGGUGGCUAAACUACUGAGCCUCUUGGGCUUGCCGAUCGGAAGGUCGGUGGUUUGAAUCCCGGCGAUGGAGUGAGCUCCUGUUGCUCUGUCCCAGCUCCUGCCAACCUAGCAGUUCGAAAGCAUGCCAGUGCAAGUAGAUAAAUAGGUACCGCUGUGGAGGGAAGGUAAACGGUGUUUCCAUGCGCUCUGGCACUCGUCACAGUCCUCCGAUGCCAGUAGCGGUUUAGUCAUGCUGGCCACUUGACCUCCCGGAAAGCUGUCUGUGGACAAACGCUGGCUCCCUUGGCCUGAAAGCAAGAUGAGCGCCGCAAUCCCGUAGUCGCCUUUGACUGGACUUAACUGUUCAGGGUUCCUUUUACCUUUAUGCAAGGCUAGCAUUCAGUGAGUGUACACACACAGUUUGCUUCUUGCCUGACCACAAGAAGUAGAAAUUAAUGACUUCAGUUAAGCAUUCUAAACUCAAAAUGAUUUUGAAAAAUUUUAAGGAGUUGUCAGUCACCAGGACAAAUACAUGUGCAGGUGUUAAGUCUUGUCUGCAGUCAUCCAUAUGACAUCGAAACAGAUUUGCAAAGCUUUUUGCAUUACAGUUUCAGCUCACAUUCACAGGGCUCAGAGCCUUAAGAUCAUUUUUCCAUAGUGUCUGCUGUGACUGAGACAGACGGAGAUUACUGCACUAUUGUCAAUAAAUGAUAUGAAUGGGGAGCAUACAUUAUUGACUUAGGAAGCCUAGCCCUGGACAAAGUUUGAGAUCGCUAAUGUAGAGCUUGGGACACAGUCUGUGCAAGUUUGUGUACACAGAGCUGCAAAAUCUGAGAACAGUAGAAGUGAAGUCCCCCCUGGGUUUACUCUUUCUGGGUAGUUUUCCACUAUCCAACAAGUUGAGAAUAGCUAGAAGCCAAAGGAACACAACUCCCAAACAGAUUUUCAGAUCAAUUAAGAUGUAUUGCUUGGAUUCAAAGCCACGUUCAUUCAGCCCAGCUGAAUAAGACUUCUGGGUUGCAUUGCCUAUCUAUCAGCAUAUUUUUUAAAGUACCGUAUUUUUCGCUCUAUAGGAUGCACUUUUUCCCCUUCAAAAAUGAAGGGGAAAUGUGUGUGCGUACUAUGGAGCGAAGACGCCAUAGCCCCGCGACCCUCUCCCGGCUGGAGAGGUGACACGCGGCUAUGGCAGGAGCCUCUCCGCUGCGCCUUUCCGCUGCUCCCUGACCUGCUCUUUGGGGCUGGUGGUGGGCUUCCCCCCGCCAGCCCCAAAGAGCAGGUCGAAAGAAACCUGACGCCUGGAUCGGUAGAGGGGUCUGUCCAACCCGACCCCUGUCGCUCUCCAGGCUUCCAAGGUAGCCGCCUGAACGCACCUUAAACGGCACAUUGUUUUAGAGCGGGAAAACAAGAGGGGGAAAAUUCUCCCCCUCUCUGCGCAGCGCCUCCUGCUGCUUCGCUGAAGGGGUGCUGGGCAGACAGGGGGAGAAUUUUUUUUUUCUUGUUCUCCCCCCUCUAAAACAAAGUGCGUCCUAUUGUCCGGUGCGUCCUAUGGUGCGAAAAAUACGGUAAUUAAAUGUAUAAACAGGUGACGGGGAAAAAGAAAAGAGCAAUUUGUUAGCAAAGAGAGAGAAAAGAGUAAGUUGUCACAAUCGGUAAAGAAGACACUUAUGUAAUGUAUUAAGUAAUAAUAAAACAUAUAAAGAGGGAAAGGAUAUGUGGUUUAUAAUUACAAAGCAUACCAUGGCCAAACAACUGCAAGUUUUUAUUUCAAAAAAAUAAAUACAAAGCAUUAUAUAGCAUUUAUAAACAACUUAAUAUUUUUUAAACCUCUAAGCAGUGUACAGUUAAAAAAAAUUUGAUAUUGUUAAAACAGAAAUGCAGCCCAAAACCAAUAAAACUGCAGUAUAAAAGAGCAUAUAAAAUCAAAUAAAACAGGAAGUCAUGGGCCACAAACACAUAAAAUAGUGUGCAGUCUGAUGGGUCAGGGAAAGUGAAGAUGUUGAAAGCAACUUGUGGUUGCUGGUUCACUUAUGGCAGAGAGGGAAGGGCAUUCCAAAAUACAGGGGCAAUAUGAGAAAACACCCAUUUUCAGCUCACUGCCCUGUGCUGGCCACAUGACCCCGAAAAACUGUCUGCGGACAAACGUCGGCUCCCUCGGCCAGUAAAGCAAGAUCAGCACCACAACCCCAGAGUCGUUCGCGACUGGACAUAACUGUCAGGGAUCCUUUACCUUUACCUUUACCUUCAAUCCUGAAAGCCUUGGUGCUCGGAGGUUUUGGCUCCUGAACGCCGCAAACCCGGAAGUGACUGUUCUGAUUUGUGGACGUUCUUUGGAACCCAAACAUCCGAUGGAGCUUCUGCGGCUUCUAAUUGCCUUGGAAGUCGAACAGAAUCCGUUCCAGAAGUCCGUUCGACUUCGAAAAUGUUCAGGAACCAAAGCGCGGCUUCUGAUUGGCUCCUGCAGCCAAUCAGAAGCCCCGUUGGACGUCCGGCUUCUGAAGAACGUUUGCAAACUGGAACACUCACUUCUGGGUUUGCUGCGUUUGGGAACCCAAACGUCCAAUUACCAAGGCGUUUGACAACCAAGGUAUGACCGUACAGUGGUACCUUGGGUUACAUAUGCUUCAGGUUACAUACGCUUCAGGUUACAGACUCCGGUAACCCAGAAAUAUUACCUCAGGUUAAGAACUUUGCUUCAGGAUGAGAACAGAAAUCGUGCUCCAGCGGCAUGGCAGCAGCAGGAGGCCCCAUUAGCUAAAGUUAAGAACGUCGCAUGGACGCCAGGUUAAGAACGUCGCAUGGACGCUGUGCUACAAACAAGCAAUGACCAUCCACACACGUACGAUGCCACAAAUGUCUCUGUAUGUGGAGUAUGUUGCGAAUGGCUAAAGCCAAAUUUCAGGCAGCCAGGAAUGUUCAUCACUCAUUAUUUUAGCCUUGCAGCUGACCACACGUGGUUUUCUGCAUCUCACAGAAAUGUGGUUGUGGUGGUGGUGAUGAUAAGAAAGCAUCCCAUCUGCUCUGGGGUGGCUUGAGUGGUAGAUCUUGCCCAGAAGAAUAAACACACUGGGUGACUGGCUAAUGGCUAUGCUUCAUCAUCUGAUCCCUUCCAUGCAGUGAAUUAUUGUCACCUUGUAACAUAGCCUUUUGGGAUCAGCUGUCAGACCACCAGUACUCAUUUCAGCCCUGGGACCGCAGCUUGGACUGGCUAUUUUCAAUGCAAAAUGUGCCUUUCCACCAUUCUGCAUUGUUUCCUACUAGGAGAUGCAGACCAUUGGUCCACCCCUCUUCUGGUUUUGCUCCCCAACCACGCUGUAGCACCCACCUUUUCUCGUUUCAUGGCCUGUGUGAUGUUUCCCACUGCUGCCCCCAAGAUCUCCUUCAUCUCCUUGCCCGGCUUCUGUCAACACCAGGUCCUGUGGAUUUCCAUCGUGCGCUUGUGAAAUUCCGACUUAAUUCAUAAAAGUCCAGGGACUCGGAAGAACGAAGGCAACCACAGCAGGCAAAGCUCAAGUUUGUUUUUUAAAAUGGAGGUGAGGAGGAGGAGGAGGGUAGCCCAAGCGCCCUUUUGCUCUUUCAGGAAAUGGGUCAUUUGUUUUAUUGCAGCUGACACUUGAGAGCCAUGACAUGAUCAGGAACGAAGUGAAUUAGCUGCAUUUACAGUACAUUGAGGUGGGCACAGUGGAUCUGAAAUACAGUGGUACCUCGGUUUACAUACGCUUCAGGUUACAUACGCUUCAGGUUACAGACUCCGCUAACCCAGAAAUAGUACCUCGGGUGAAGAACUUUACCUCAGGAUGAGAACAGAAAUUGUGCUCCGGCGGCCUGGCGGCAGCAGUGGAAAACCCCAUUAGCUAAAGUGGUGCUUCAGGUUAAGAACAGUUUCAGGUUAAGAACGGACCUCCGGAAUGAAUUAAGUACUUAACCCGAGGUACCACUGUAAUACGCAGUGGUGGCAGAAACAAAAAUGGGACGGAGGGUCUUGUUGCGGAUUCACUUUAAGUAAGUAGCAAAGUAAUUGUGUGCCUGUGUUGCCGUGUCAACCUGGCUGGCCGCGAAGUUAUAAGUGAAACUCAACCUUCCCAAACCUGCAGACUCAAGUCCAUUUGCAGAAAAUAGAUUUGGUGUGUGCAGAUUUGCUGUACUAGAUGUGCAAAAAGGAUGGCAGGGUGUAGAGGGGCUGGGAUUACCCCAACCAGCAAGCUGGCAACGCCUCGUCCCAUUUGUAUCCUUGUGUGGAAGCUCUCCCUUACCUUCGUUGACCGAUUAAGGAAGUGUGUGUUGAUGGUUAAAACCCUUUUGGCAUGCCUGCUUUUUCAUAGUGGUCUUCACGUUUUGGUGGCCUUCCAAAAUUCAUGUUAACAGCGGCUGACCAAUUUUGCUCUGGGGUUUGGUGGUGCUCAGAGACCCCCCAAAGACCAGAGCAACUGAUGAGGAAACCUCUAAGCUUGGAAAAAUGGGGUGGGUGGGUUGUCACCAGUGUUCAAAAUUAGCAGGGUGUCAGUUCCGUUUUGCGACUGGCAACAGGUGCAGUUGCGACCAGGGAAGAUCUCUGUCUGCCAGGCUGGCAACUGGGGAAAGCAAAAUGUCACUUAGAAGAAGGAUCUGACAUAUUUUCCCUGAAGCUUGUUUUUUUUAUCCUAGAUUGUUUUAUUGGAUGUUUUAACGUGUUGUAAACCGCUUUGAGAUUUUUUCCUCUUUAAAAUAUAUAGCUGUACCUUGGUUGCCAAACGGCUUAGUUGCCAAACAUUUCGGCUGCCGAACAUCGAAAACCUGGAAGUGAGAUUUCUGGUUUUUGAACGUUUUUUGGAAGCUGAACAUCCGACGUGGCUUCUGCGGCUUCCGAUUGAGUCCAGGCAACCCCUGCAGCCAAUCGGAAGCCGCGCCUUGGUUUUGGAAUGGUUCUGGGAGUCGAACGGACUCCCAGAACGGAUUAAGUUUGACAACCAAGGUACAACUGUAAAGCGGUAAAAUAAUAAUAAUAAAAAUAAAAAUAAAAAUAAAACAACAACUGCAACAAAAGGCACCUAGACAUUCUGUUGUGGCUACCGUAACCUAGGUUUAAGGUAAAGGUAAAGGGACCCCUGACCAUUAGGUCCAGUCGUGACCGACUCUGGGGUUGCGGCGCUCGUCUCGCUUUAUUGGCCAAGGGAGCCGGCUUACAGCAUGACUAAGCCGCUUCUGGCGAACCAGAGCAGCGCACGGAAAUGCCGUUGACCUUCCUGCCAGAGCGGUACCUAUUUAUCUACUUGCACUUUGACGUGCUUUCAAACUGCUAGGUUGGCAGGAGCAGGGACUGAGCAAUGGGAGCUCACCCCAUCGCGGGGAUUCGAACCGCCGACCUUCUGAUCGGCAAGUCCUAGGCUCUGUGGUUUAACCCACAGCGCCACAUGCAUCCCAUAGGUUUAAGGUACCAUUUGGCUAUUAGCUUAUAUGUCUGAGUUUCUAACACUCGUUUAUAGUCUGGGAGUUCUCUGGGAGCACAUCUUGUAGCUGAAGUCACAGGUAGUGACAGAGGCUAGAAGCAACUUUUCCCAGGGAUAUCCUUGCCAUUGCGACACAUGCACUGGAUUGGAUGACGCUACUGUGUUCUAUGCAGGCCUGUACCUUAAGGCUGGCCUGGAAGCUACUGCUAGUGUAGAAUGCUACAGGAGGCAACACUAUUUCAGCACUUGCUAAACAAACAAAACCCAUUUAUUUUUCCAAGCCUUUGCCGGCAGUUCAUACCAAUUUGUUCUAAAUUUUGUCGCGGUCGACUGCUUUUAUGAGUGUUAUUAUACGUGCACUGGUUUUAUGGCAACUUUUAAAAGUGCCGUACAGCUAUCUUUGGUUUUAAUGAAAGUGUGGCAUCAAAAACAUUUUAAUUAAAUAAAGAUAAUAUAUAGAACAAGCGAUUGCAUCAGGAUUUAAAAUUUGGUUGGGGUAGGGAGUUUGAAUUUGCUUCUCCCUCCUGAGGAAUUACCUGAAUGAUGAGUUUGGGUGAGAAAAGAAUAAAGUUUAGAAGAGUGGGGUAGAAGAAUUUAAGGAUUUCAGAAAAGUUGAUAUACUAACAGUGAACUCAUCCUCCCAAAUGCUGAUCUUUAGGUAGCUAAAACAGCACCAUCCGCACACAAGAGAGAGAUAUAAUUACACCAAAGGUUGUGGGUUCGAGUCCCAUGUUGGUCAAAAGAUUCCUGUCUUGCAGGGGGUUGGACUAGAUGACCCUUGCGGUUCCUUCCAGCUCUGUGAUCACCAGGCUUGGGAGAAUCUCUCCCCACCGCUCCAACUCCACCCGGCUGCCUAUUUAGGACUCAACAUGGUUAGUGUCUGCAAAAUACUGUUGGGCAUAACUGGAAACCUAGAAUUAGGGGAAUGGAGAAUAUUUGGGACGUUGUCAUGACUGCCUGGCUCGAACUCUGGACAGGAGUGCUCUGCGCUGCAACAAUUUGUUGCAAGAUGCGCAUAAAAGCCACCUUCCUUUGAAAGACAUGGGUGAGCACUUCACUUCCUGGGCCAAUCAAGACACGUAUAUACAGUUGUACCUUGCUUCUCAAACUUAAUCCGUUCCAGAAGUUCGUUCCAAAACCAAAGUGUUCCAAAACCAAGGUGUUUUCCCAUAGAAAGUAAUGCAAAACGGAUUAAUCCGUUCCAGACUUUUAAAAACAACCCCGAAAACAGCGAUUUAACAUGAAUUUUACUUUCUAACGAGGCCAUUGAUCCAUAAAAUGAAAGCAAUAAACAAUGUACUGCAGUCACACAAUCAGUAGCUGAACUAGGUUCCACACAGUCACAAAAACAAAACAAAAAAGAGCCACAAAAACGCAAAAUAAAUCACACAAACAGACAGACCUCAGCGUAACACUCAAAACAGAAGCAUUGCACUCAAAACAGAGCACGUUCGACUUCUGAAAAAAGUUCGCAAACCGGAACACUUACUUACUUACUUACUUACUUACUUUCCGAAACACUGGGUUUGCAGUGUUUGGGUUCCAAGUUGUUUGAGUACCAAGGUGUUUGAGAACCAAGGUACCACUGUAUAUAAAAAAAUACACCUCCCCCCCCCCCUGCCCAGCCAAACAGGUCAAGAGAGAAAGGACCCGAAAGCUGUCUUCUUCCAAGCUGCCUGCCUGCCUCUGCUUCGGAAAGCCGGCCUCGCGCUUUGAGAAACUUGGCUUUAUUCGCAGGGGAGCGAGAGAAUAAAAGAGAGAGAGAGAGAGAGACCGCAGUGUUCUGUGCCGUGGAUGGGAUUUGCAGCCUGGCACGUGCCCGCCUUUCAGCUGCAGCUGGCUUCCCCCAGAGCUCUGCCAAGUCCGGGCAGCUCCGUGGCUUCCUGUGGGAUUGCACCAUCCAAUGGCUGUGGGCUGCCACCCUCCUUUCCUAAACACUGCCCCUGAUGCCUGGGAGGAGCUCCCUCGGAAAAACCUGGCAAGGCUGCUCCUGCAGAACGCGCGCCGGUACCGCUCGUUCCUUCCAACAUGCAAUGGCCUCCAGUACAACUAACUUGGCAGCUGGCAUGCUCCAGUCCUUUCCUAUUAAUGCCGAUCACAGCUGACUCACUGCUUGUGUGUGUGUGUGUGUGUGUGUGUCUCCACCCGCCUCCUGUCCGUAGAUACCAGUCGCUUUCAUUUCACGUUGCAAUUAGCGUUGAACUUCUCUUAAACACCCACCGAUCAGUUCAGGAUCCUAUACAGUGGUACCUUGGGUUACAGACGCUUCAGGUUACAGAUGCUUCAGGUUACAGACUCCGCUAGCCCAGAAAUAGUACCUCGGGUUAAGAACUUUACCUCAGGAUGAGAACAGAAAUCGUGUACCGGCAGCGGGAGGCCCCAUUAACUAAAGUGGUACCUCAGGUUAAGAACAGUUUCAGGCUAAGAACGGACCUCCGGAACCAAUUAAGUUCUUAACCCGAGGUACCACUGUAGUUUGAAUGUCCAAAACUAACGUUUAAAAAAUCCAGCCUAACCAGAGAACGAUCCCGGCCGUUAGGGACACCUGUUGUCAGAAGUUGUGUGAAGAAAGCCAUUGUACACGCUGGGAGGGGAAUGGGGCAGAUUGGCGUGCGUUAAACGUCUGCUCCCCAGAUCCAGUUAUCAACAGACUUGGAUUUAUUUUGGCAGGGGCUGGAUAGAGGCAACGAAAGAGGCGGAGGAAAAGGGGAGGGUGGAGGAGCUCUGCAGUCGUACUUUGGCUUCCAAAUGCCUUGGCAGUCAAACUUUCCGGUUUUCGAACGGUCUUUUGAAAACUGAAUGUCCAAUGGGGUUUCCAACUGCCUGCAGGAACUUCCUGCAGCCAAUCAGAAGUCGUGCUUUGGUUUCUGAACAUUUCAGAAGUCAAACGGACUUCUGGAACGGAUUCAUUCGACUUCUGAGGUACGGCUGUAUUUAAAUAGGGAAACGGUUCUUUGGCAUGUUGGGGGAAAUUAAGUUUGCAUCUUAACUUCUUCAUUGUGUUGUAUCCGGCUCCUAUUGCUCCCCAUUUUAAUCCUCACAUCAACCCUGCAAGGUUGGUCAGGCUGUAAGUGAGUGACUGGCCCAAGAUCACACAGUUUCACGGCCGAGUGGGGAUUCGAACCAUGUUCUGCCAGGUCUUAGUCCAGCACUUCAACCACUGCACCAUACUGUUUAUAACACUGUACAUAAAACCACCGGGGAAGGUUGACUGGAGAUUUGCGCUAUGGUGUCCUCAUCAGGCUGAUGAUGCUCAGCUCUCUGCCUAUUGUACUUCCAUCUGAUCCCAUGGAUGGUUCUAAAAUGGUGUCUGAAGUGCGUAAUGGAUUUGAUGUGGAGCCUAGCCUGUUGGUUGGUUGAUUCUGCGGUGAAGGGCCUGUUCUGGAUGGGGUUUUACUCCCUGUUUGAUAUAUUGGCUGUAUGUUUAUAUAUAACAGUGUCGGAUAUAUAAGCUAAUUGCCAAACGGCACCUUAAACAUAUGUUCGCCACAAUGGAAUGUCUAGCUGCCAUCCCCCCGCAUUUUUUUGUUGUUGUUAAUUUCUUUUCUACACCAUUUUAUAUUUCAAAAGGGGGCGCGGGAUCUUGAAGCGGCUUACAGCACAUUAAACCAUCAAAUAAAACAAUCCAGAAUAAAGCAAAAUUCAAGUUUCGAGGAAAAAAUAUUUCAGAUCCUUCUCUGAGGUGACAUUUUGCUUUCCCCAUAUUUAGUUACCUGCUUAAUUCAUAUAGCUGCCCCAUAGCAGAAGUACUCUAGGAAGCCAGUGUGGUAUAGUGGUCAGAGCGUCCGACUAGGACCUGGGAGAUCAGGGUUCAAAUCCCCACUCCGUCAUGAGGCUCACUGGAUGACCUUGGAGUCAGCGUCACAGCCUCUGAACCUACCUCACAGGGUUGUCCUGAAAACAAUGUAGUAUAAACACUGACAACUGGGAAACACUGGCCUGCGAGCGCUCCAGUUGGAGAACAGCCUUUAGCAAAGGUGUCAUGGGCUUUGAAGAGACUCGAACUCAGGACGCAAGGGAGGAAUGUGCCAAGAGGAAGGCACGCUUGGCAAAUCCACACCAUGAUCAACUCCACCCGGAAACCAGUGUCCCCACUGUGGAAGGAUGUGUGGAUCCAGAAUUGGCCUCCACAGUCACUUACGGACUCAUUGCUAAAACCGUGUUUAUGGAAGACAAUCUUACUCGGUUAUGAGUGUUCGCCAAAGAAGAAGAGGGAUUAACUGAGGAGGGGGGUAAACCAUGUACUCCUUGGGAUAUAAAUGGAAUAAAAGAGCUCUUCCGCUUACCUGCUGAAGAAAGCUGGAGAGGUCAGCUAGGUGGAGAUAUCAGUCGUCAACCUGGCAUUCAGAGAUCAACACGUGGUCGCAAGUAUUAUUAGUAUUUAUUGAAUUUAUAUAGAGCCCUAUACCUGGGGGUCUCAGGGCGGUUCACAGAACAAAGUCUAGAUAUAAAACCACAAAAUACAUAAAAAUAAAAUAAAAACAACAACCCAAUAGCCUCUCCUUCACAAAAUAAUACAUUUUAAAAGGGCAUAGGAUGUAAAACAGAUCAGCCAAAGGCCUGGUUAAAAAGGAACGUUUUUGCCUGGUGCCUAAAGGUGUGUAACGAAGGUGCCAGGUGAACCUCCCUGGGGAGAGCAUUCCACAGACGGGGAGCCACUGCAGAGAGGGCCCUGUUUUUGUGUUGCCACCCUCCGGACCUCUCGAGGAGGAGGCACAUGAAGAAGGGCCACAGAAGAUGAUCUCAGGGUCCAGGUAGGUUCAUAUGGAAAGAGGCGGUCCUUGAGGUAUUGCGGUCCUGAGCCGUUUAAGGCUUUAUAGGUGAAAACCAGCACUUUGAAUUGGGCCCGGAAACUAAUUGAUAGCCAGUGCAGUCGGACCAGGAUCAGUGUAAUAUGCUCAAACCGUCUUGCUCUGGUGAGCAACCUGGCUGCUGAAUUCUGCACCAGCUGAAGUUUCCGAACCGUCUUCAGAGGCAGCCCUACGUAUACUGCAUUGCAGUAAUCUAACCUUGAGGUUACCAGCAAUUAGAUUCACACCAGUCACAAAACACACCUGGUGCCUGGUUGUACCCUCUCAGAAGCACUAUGUUAAUGGCAUUGAGGGUUAGGGGGCGUUCUUUUGUACCUAUUCCUGGCCUUGCCCACCCUGGAAGCCAGGCUGCAUGGACGCCUGGCAUCAUCUGGCAGGGCGCUUCUUAGGUUAUGCUCUUAAUGUUCCUUGUUGGCUGCUUGGCACUGAAUGGGAAGCAUCCUUGUCCUGAAUGGACAAACAAAUGAAUAAAUGCAUUGCAGCCACAGACCAAUGAAAUUUGAUAAGACACAGAAGGAAAUGCAUAAAUAGAAUACUGUUGAAUUUCCAGAGGGACCAAAAGGAAGUCCUUACUUUACCGUCUCCUCCUUAAUUUGUAUUGACAGUGGAAGGGAUUUAGCUCACUUAACUACUAAUACAAAUAGAGUAAUGUAAUCAAUUAAACAGGGGGGGAAAACAAUUUCCAGUGGAUCUUCCUGGUUGAGUUCUUAAUAAAAAAAGAGUCGGCCUCUCUUUGGGCUCCCUAUACAAAUUAUAUGGAUUCUCUCUCUCAUUCCACAAGGACAAAGUUGUUCGCUAAGCGGAAUCUUAUUAAAUUGGCCAGAGGCUGGUUGCUCGCUUGUGUGGAGAGUGAGACAAGGUGAGGAGUGAUAUUUAUGUAUUUCUUGUUUAAAUUUAUACCCCACCCUUCCAUCAAGAUUCAUGAACCCUGGGCAAGGAAUGACAUGAAAGACUCAUAAAACCGCAGUCAAUAAAAUCAACUCAGGCAGUUAAAUCUGUCAAAUGUCAAAAACAGGAGCACGCGUACACACACACCAAUUUACAAGUGAUGCAUUUGGCAAGCCCUUCACAAAGGCCCAGGCGAAGAGAUGUCCCCCCCUUGGCUGGCACCGAUAGAUGAACAAUGAUGGUGCUGGCUGUACCUCGAGGGGGAGGGAAUUCCGUAGCCAAGGUGCCAUCACGAAAAAGGCCCUGUAUCAUGAGCUUUGCCUAGUGAUGGAGUAAUGGGCUGAGUCUCUACUGCAAAUGUUAAUCCACAGGCAGAACUUAUACGAAGUGGAUUGCAGCUGCAUCUGUCCAUACCUGGACCUGGGAGCUCAUGAAGGUUGACACGCUGAGAAUGGGUAUUUCAAAUGAACUCCCCACUUUCACAUUGAGGUAUCCCAGCCUUGUCAACGAGCCCACAAAAGGUUCCAUCCUGCACAGAUGUUUACUAGCCAGCAGAAGAGAGGUGGAGAAGUAACAGCCUACUUGGCUUCUGUGUUGGGUGCAGAAAAGUCCUGCUCUCUUGUUGCCGCCCUCCAAACCUCCAUUGGAGGUGGCGCAUGGAGGAAAGCCUUUGGACAACGAUUCUUUGCCUCCAGAACUGGCCCAACGAGUAUCUUGUGUGCACCAUAUUUAGAAGGACACCUUACUGACCUUUGUAAGUUCUCCAUCUUGCUGACCUUACUUGAGCUGAAAGCCUCUCUUUAUCGGUUCAGCUGAUAAGUGGCAGAGGAAGGAUGCAUGGUCUCUUCCAGAUCGCCAUGUAGUGUUGCUUGUUUCCUUUUUUGGCAUGGCAUGCAAGGGCAGAGAUGCCAUUUUCCUUUGAGUUGGGCAUUGAUGUUGGUUUUGCAUGCUCAGGAAUUGGCUGGCCUCUUCUCCUUGUCCUGCAACAGCCCAAAGGAGCUCCCUUCCACUUGCCCAAAGUAUAGUGGUACCUCGGGUUACAUACGCUUCAGGUUACAUACGCUUCAGGUUACAGACUCCGCUAACCCAGAAAUAGUGCUUCAGGUUAAGAACUUUGCUUCAGGAUGAGAACAGAAAUCGUGCUCCAGUGGCGUGGCGGCAGCAGGAGGCCCCAUUAGCUAAAGUGGUGCUUCAGGUUAAGAACAGUUUCAGGUUAAGAACGGACCUCCGGAACGAAUUAAGUAUUUAACCCGAGGUACCACUGUGAACACCUAACCUGGGGAGGAAACCUCUUUGAACUCAGGAGGAAUUACUUUUGAGUAGAUAUGCAUAAAUAAAAUAGCUCUCUUUUCUUUCCGCAUUAAGUAUUUAACCCGAGGUGCCCCUGUACCUAGCUUCCUCGGGAGGCAGCAACCAUUGCUUUAACCCAGGCAUAGGCAAUCUCAGCCCUCCAGAUGUUUUGGGACUACAAUUCCCAUCAUCCCUGACCACCGGUCCUGUUAAGCUAGGGAUCUUAGGAGUUGUAGUCCCAAAAAUCUGAAGAGCCGAGUUUGCCUGUGCCUGCUUUAACCAAAUGAGCAAAUACGCUCUUUGUUGCUUAUUUCAUCUGGUGUGUGUGUGUGUAUAUAUAUAUAUAUAAGAAAUGCAUUUUAAGUUGCAAUCUUGGCAUUGUGGAACUAAGCUGGUAUUCCAUGAGAUGAUUAGAGGCUUAACCUGCCUGCUUGAAUAACUUUUUGUGUGUAUGUUUACAGAAAACACGCGCUUCGAACUGCUUAGGAAACCCAACCGAAGGCGGCACAAACGAUACGUUAAAUUUCUAGACCAGGGAGUCGGAUUUAUUUCAGGUUCCGUUAUAAGCCAUAUACCUCCAUCCAUGUGGAUCACAGCGCUGAAACUUGUUUUCAGCAUGUCUAGAGUAAUAAGAAAGAAAUGCCUCUUAAGGGUGUGCAGUAUUGCUCCCCACCACCACUAAUGCUAAGCACAGGCAAACCCCUUUUGCAUGGAGCACUGGAUCUUGCUGGAUCCAAUUGUGUGCUACCCUCUAGGCUGCAGCCCUUCCCUUUCUGCCUCUAGGGCAAAGGGAGAGAUGGCUGCCUUGCCAGGUUCUCAGGGAAUCCUCCCAGCCACUGCUGCUUGGUGUAUCCUGAUAUAUUUCCUGCAUGUUACACAUGCAGUAACGCCCCCUCACUACAUCUGGCAUCAAAAAUAGCAGUGCUUAUUUAUUUUAACUUUCCAUGGCAACGUAUAGGCUCGGAGGAUGGGGUUAGCUCGCGUUUCAGAGCUCACCGCUACAUACGAAUUUUGAGGAAGAAUUUCCUCUGAUCAGAUUGUUGCUAACCUGGAGGCUUUUUCGAAGUCUGGUUUAUGAUAGAUCACAAUACGCUCAAGUCUUUGCUAAUCUGUUCUCCACCCCCUCCCCUUCCAUUCUUUGCCACAUGUUGUCUCCUUUUCUCUCCUGAUCAUGUUCUCUUGCUUAAAAGGCCUUGUUUGCACAUCACGGUACGGCACAGUCUAAUUUGAACCAUCGUUAAAUUGUGAACGGGAUGUGGGUGGCGCUGUGGGUUAAACCACAGAGCUUAGGGCUUGCCGAUUGAAAGGUCGGUGGUUCGAAUCCCUGUGAUGGGGUGAGCUCCCGUUGCUCGGUCCCUGCUCCUGCCAACCUAGCAGUUCGAAAGCACGUCACAGUGCAAGUAGAUAAAUAGGUACUGCUCCAGCGGGAAGGUAAACGGUGUUUCUGUGCGCUGCUCUGGUUCGCCAGAACCACAUGCUGGCCACAUGUCUCGGAAGCUGUACGCCGGCUCCCUCGGCCAGUAAAGCGAGAUGAGCACAGCAACCCCAGAGUCGUUUGCGACUGGACCUAAUGGUCAGGGGGCCCCUUUACCUUUACCUAAAUUGUGAAUAUGUGUCCCCCUUGCCCCAUGUUGCAUGAGUCCCUGUGUGGCUUCUCCCCCCUGCCCCACCUUCCUCUGGCACCCUCAGUGUGGGAAAUCACUGGGCAUCUUCAGUUGGUCACAAGUGGUUGAUGGUGAAUUUCUAACCCUGCUUUAACACCAGAAAGUUCUUCCUGAGUCGGCACCUCCUUUCUUAGGAUGCUAUCCCUGUUCCCACAUUUUAGCUUCCUUCCCACAUUGUUCCAGUUGCCCUCCAUGAGUUGGAGGGUGAUCUUCUGAACUGAGGAGCCCCUUGUGCUCCUGACAUUUGAGGGUUCUAAAACACAUGAAGAUUUAUUGAGUCAGAAGAUCACCCUCCCAACUUGUGGAAGGCAAUUGGGGCAGCAGUGGAGAUGGAGCGAGACCAUAUAGUCCAAAUCAUGAAGAGGGGCUACUGAUUCUCAGGUCUGCCGUGUCUCUGCAAAGAAUUCUAAAAAGCUCAUGAGAUGUGUUUGGUGUGUCCGCCAGCACAAGUGGCUGCACUCUUUUAUUGCCCUUUCCGAAUGCACGGUGGAGACUUGCUUGCAUUUGGGGGUUUCUCAACAACAGGAGUUUCCCCCUUGUUGCAAUUGGCAACUGUGCUCACCAGUUUCACCUUUCCUCCACCCCCCAGCAAGCGGUUGGUGCUUAGUAUGCAAUAUCCACGUAUUUUAAGGGAAGUGAGAAUAUGCUUUGUCUGUAGCUAUGUGGGAGAAGGAUCAUAGCUCAGUGGUGGAGCAUCCGCUUUGCCUGUAGAAUGACAUCUGGGGUAGUGGCAGCCCAGAAGAGGGCAUUCCGUGUUACACCUCCUAAGUUGUGAAAUUCCCUUCCCACAGAGGUACAUCUUACAUCUUCAGCAUAUAGUUUCUGUUGCAUGCUGAAGGUGCGCCUCUUUGCUCUGCCCUUCAACACCAGAGAAGUAUACAGUGGUACCUCUGGUUGCGAACGGGAUCCGUUCCAGAGCCCCGUUUGCAACAUGAGCAGAACGCAACCCGUGUCUGCGCGGGCCGCGAUUCACCACUUCUGCGCAUGCGCGUGGUGUCAUUUUGAGUGUCUGUGCAUGCGCGAGCUGCGAAACCUGGAAGUAACCCUUUCCGGUACUUCCGGGUCGCCGUGGGACACAACCUGAAAAGAUUUAACCUGAAGCAAACGUAACAAGAGGUAUGACUGUAUUUGCAGGACCUACCUUAUUCCUGUGUCUGUAAUUCGUUGUGUCUGGACAGGCAUCUCCCCAGUUAUAUGGGGGUUAUGUUCCCGGGUACUAUGCAUAUACGUGAAAUCGUAUAUCGUGGGGAACACCCUUUAAACUGCCAGACUCGCCCUGCAAUCCACCAAAUUCCACCGCAAUCCCACCCUCCAAACCUUCUUUCUCAAACUCCCAACUCUCCACAGGCCUCAAAUGUUGGUGCAAAGGCUCAUGUGAUUACUAGCCAUUUUACUGCUCUUUUCAUGCCAUUUUGGCAGUUUUUCCGCUAUUUUCGGGCUGUUUUCGUGCCUUUUCACAGUUUAAACCGAUUUCUUUCAGUGCCACGUGUAUAUGCCUGUCUCACACAAAUCUCACACACAUGGUUUGUUUUGAAUGGUUUUUAAUAUAGAUUUUUAAAUUGUAAUUUUUGCUAAUAUUUUACGGUGAAAGGCAGGUCAGAGAUGAUGGUGGUGGUGAUGCUAAUAAUAAUAAUAGUAAGAAUAGUAAUAACAAUAAUUUAUUAUUUAUACCCUGCCCAUCUGGCUGGGUUUCCCCAUGAUGGUAAUUAUUACAAGUGCAUGGUUAUUUGCCAUCCUGUCCUCCAGAGUCCCUGCUCUAGAAGAUUAUGUUGGUAUCUGGGGCUCUCCCUUAGGUGGGUUAUUGCAUUACAACAAACAUUUCUGUGUGUGCACAUUUGGGGGGGGGAUGGAGGAGUAAGCUUCGAGGGAGCAUAGGAUAUCAGCUAAACUGGCCAAUCCUCAGUUCCUCCCUCACCAUGUACCAACCCCUCCCAUUCUGAACCCCCCCCUCCCCAGCAUUGGCAUAACACACUGAUUUAAAGCGAUACCACCGUGAAGCUGUCACAGCCUGGAGUUGCGCCAGCAUAUGGGACUCAAUUGCAAUCCUAUCCUUGCCCAGCUGCCGUAACUCCAAGGAUAAGUUAGCACGUUUGGGUGGAGGGGGGAGAAGGAAGGAAGGAGAAACUAAUUUUGUGGCACUCAGUAGGAAUGCCGUGAUGGAGCAGGCAGGAGCAAGGGCUUUGCAUGAGAUAAGGGGUUUUUUUGUGCAUGGCAGAAGGCCAGAACAUGGGCUCCGAUCUGCCAAAUUCAGACUACCCAGAUAAAGUACUACUUCCUCUACCAGCCAUGUUGCUUUAUGUCUUAGUUCCUUUUUCCUGUGGCGAGUCAAUCUUUCACCCUCAUCAAAAAAAACCAAACCCCAAACUCGGUCGUCGUCCCGUCCCCCCCACUGUGUCUCCUCUCAGUUACAAAAUGCUUUGCCAGCCCCAAUGCCUGGGGCAAUCCACACCCCUGGGGAUGUGCUGGAUCUGUUCAAGAUUUCCCAGUUAAACGAGGACAAUUGCAUCCCUCUUGGUGCAGCUGGAAUGCCGCAUACAUGUGUUGGUUUUUUAAAUUUAAAUUCCUGCCAUAUCAUUUGACUAGAUCUGACAGAUGAGAAUCUAGUAUAUUUGAGAGUAAAACAAAAGAGUGUGAGUGUGUGUGUGUGAGAGAGAGACUGAGACUCAGACUGACUGACCGACUGAAAAAGAGAUUUAUGUGGCCACUUGUUCAUGAUCGUAGCUGUUGAAGACAUUCAGAACCAGAUAAGUAAAUGUUUCUUAUUUUAGACUUCUCGGUUUCCUUCACACACGCAAAAAGAGAGACUUGCAGAAACCAUACUGAGCUCUUUAUUUGCUUGCAAUACCACCUCCCUUUUUCACAGCUCAGCUUUCUCUUCACCGAAGCCAUCCUUGGAAGAGAACCAUCCACGGUGGAGGUGUAGCUUCAAUCCAAUAUUUAAGAUGCUUGUAGAGAAAUGGCUGAAGAGAUGAGGCUUUGGAGCAUUGGAACAGCUGGAUGUGAAGUCUGGUACCUGCAGGUGGCAAGCUGCCUUGAAGCUGACCUGUUAUCUAAUAUUACAGCACCAGAGCUUCAUGGGGCUGACUCGUAGUUCAGUGACAGAGCAUCUGCUUUGUAUGCCAAAGUUUUGAUCACAGGUAUCUCCAGCUUAGGGACGCGGGUGGCGCUGUGGGUUAAACCACAGAGCCUAGGACUUGCUGAUCAGAAGGUUGCGGUUCGAAUCUCCGCAACGGGGUGAGUUCCCAUUGCUCGGUCCCUGCUUCUGCCAACCUAGCAGUUCAAAAGCACGUCAAAGUGCAAGUAGAUAAAUAGGUACCACUCCGGUGGGAUGGUAAACAGCGUUUCCGUGCACUGCUCUGCUUUGCCAGAAGUGGCUUAGUCAUGCUGGCCACAUGACCUGGAAGCUGUACACCGGCUCCCUUGGCCAAUAAAGUGAGAUGAGCGCCGCAACUCCAGUCGGCCACGACUGGACCUCAUGGUCAGGGGUCCCUUUACCUUUACCUAUCUCCAGGUUGGGCUCAGAGAGCUUUUCCUUCCUGAAACCCUGGAGAGCCGCUGCCAGUCAGUGUAGCCAGAAUGGCACUAGGUGGACCAGUUGUUCUGACUCUGUAUAAAGCACCUUCCUAUGUCCCUGUGCCUUUUUGUCCCAGAGUGGACUAAAAUUAUCCCUGUUUGUUUCUGGUUCAGACCACUCACUGGAUCGCUUCUGGUUUGGCACACAGUGCUAGAAACUCAGAUAUAUAAGGUAGGCGCCAAAUGGCUCCUUAAACCAAGUUUGCAGUCGUCAAAGUUGCCAUUUUAGGGCAAGACGGCUCCAUAAAGUUCCUUUUCAAACGGUGGAUUGAGUGCGAUUGAUUCUCAGCUAAACAUCUGUUCAGAUGGCAACCUUGACCUAGGUUAAGAGCUUUGAGAAUUUAAAGAAAAGUUACUCAAUCUAGGGACCGUCCACAUAUAUAUUGGCCUAUUCCAACCUCUCUUUGCUUAACGGUGACUGCUCCUGCUGCGGCUGCACAGAAAAAGCAAUCUGGUUCCUGAAAUUCAUUCUGAUGGUGCAGAUAAAAUAUAACCAAUCGAUUUCUUCAGGAUGGGGUAUUAAUGUAUGAAAACAGUCCAUACCCAAGGAUCCUCAGGCAUGCACCUCCAGAUGGUGGAGCUGUCAGGCGUUAUCCUCAUGCCCAGCCAUCUUCACUUGGUCACAAGUGGCCAAUAGUCAGGCGCAAAAUGUGCCUGGCUAAUUUUGAACACUGUUGGCACACCUGUGAACUGGUUUGGUGCUGCACUGCAUGCUUAAGCUGACCAUGUGGUAGUAGAAUAAUUUCCAGCAUGGAAGUGUUUUCUUGUUACCAUUGGCGGGGAGGCGGGGGAAUCAGAUGAGACUAGGCUACAGACUGGCCCUACUUAAGAGCAUGUACACAAAGGCUUGGCUUGGCUUACAGCACAAUGGCAUAUAUGCUUCCUUGGAAGUGCUCACUGCAACUUACCCAUUGGUGUGGUUAGGUCAUUUUACACUCUAGAUUUAAUAGUCUUAUGCCAUAGGAGAGCUCUUUCAUAGGUCAUCUGUACAGUGGUACCUCGGGUUACAUACGCUUCAGGUUACAGACUCCGCUAACCCAGAAAUAGUACCUCGGGUUAAGAACUUUGCUUCAGGAUGAGAACAGAAAUCGUGCUCUGGCGGUGCGGCAGCAGCAGGAGGCCCCAUUAGCUCAAGUGGUGCUUCAGGUUAAGAACAGUUUCAGGUUAAGAACGGACCUCCAGAACGAAUUAAGUACUUAACCCGAGGUACCACUGUAUUACUUCACCUGUUCAAAAUGUGGCAAGCCUGCACUUCUACAUUGCUGGGGGGUGGGGAGAGGGGGGCUCCUGCUUAUUCUGCUGCGUGUCUGCUCCAAAGCCCUAGCCUGAUAGCACUGCUGGAUUUACUCCAUAGUAAAUGUACCGUACUUUUCCGUGUAUAAGACAAGGUUUUUUUACUCUAAAAUAAGGUUAAAAAUUGGUGGGUGUCUUAUAAGUGCAUAUACAGGAUGGGCGAUUGGUUACAGCCGUGAGCAGGAGCUUUUCAGGGGCGAUUGGGUGGGUGAUUUGUGGCCGCGUUAAGGGCUGCUGUGGAUUGGCUGCUGCUGUGACAAUUGUGCGUGCGAUUGGCGGGUAGACGCUUGUUUUAUUCUGCGACGCGUGCCAUUGGCAGCGUUUGUGAGUCAGGUGAGUGAUUUUCGGCAUUUCCCUCUGAAAAAGCUCAGCAACUCUGGGCCAUCUCCCCCCAUUUUCUUAAAUUGAAAUCCCCAAAAGUAGGGGGCAUUUUAUACACGGGGGCGUCUUAUACACAGAAAAAUACAGUAUUUAGGAUUGACAUCUCAGGCAACCUGUUUGCCAGGAGUAAACGACCUGCUGUUAUGGUCAGUGUGGUUUCAAGUCCACUGAGCCUAAGGCUGCAAUGAAGUACAGUGGUACCUCGGGUUACAUACGCUUCAGGUUACAGACUCCGCUAACCCAGAAAUAGUGCUUCAGGUUAAGAACUUUGCUUCAGAAUGAGAACAGAAAUCGUGCUCUGGUGGCAGCGGGAGGCCCCAUUAGCUAAAGUGGUGCUUCAGGUUAAGAACAGUUUCAGGUUAAGAAUGGACCUCCGGAACGAAUUAAGUAUUUAACCCGAGGUACCACUGUAAACACCUAACCUGGAGAGCAAAUCUCUUUGAACUCAGGAGGACUUACUUUUGAGUAGAUAUGCAUAAAUAAAAUAGCUCUCUUUUCUUUCCCGCAUAGGAAAGAGAUCCGAAAGGAUUACCAUCUCUUUGGCGUAUCACAAAGCACAAUUGAGGCACAUUGAUCCGAACAGGAAUUUCGAAUCAAAUGCGUGUGGUUUGCAAAGCUGACUCACUCAAUUUGAGCAAGCUAAAAAAUUAAGCGGAACCCCAAGUUUCUUUUAAUUUUGAUUUUCUUUAUUUGGAGACUAGGUUUCCUUAUUCUAUAUGUUUCUGUAUUUUAUUGGACUUGCAAUGUACAUGCAAUAAGUACUUAAGGUAAAUUGCAAAAUGAAGGCGCACAGAAUAUUAAGGAAUUCCCAGUUCCAAGCCUUGCCCUUUUAAGAAGGGAUUGGUUUUUCUGAACUGUUUCCCCCCCUCAUUUUGUUGCUUUCCCCACUCAUGCAGAUGUACCCCGACUUUGGGCACCGAGGCGAUUAAUUGUAUUUUUCUUUUUCUUUUUAAAACAACAACCCCAAACCAUGGUGACUUUGGGUAGCUCUGCCAGGAUCUCCAGUGGAAAAUGAAAAAUGAAAAGGAAACCAAAAAUGUGUUUCUCAUUGGAAUGGAGGGGUCUUGUCCCAUUUUUGAUCCCCCUCCCCUUUUUGGUGGGGGGAUGGAAAUUGUAAUGAAAUCUCUUGCUUGAAUGCUGUUCCAUGUCCCCAAAUGAAUGGAGGAGCCAUUGUUUAAGGAGUCUGGAAUGCAAGGAAUGCUGUACUAUAGGAAUGGGUCAGAGGGAUUUAAGUUGAUAGAGGAAAACAUGUGUCGAACCAAUUCCUACCUCAGCCAGUUCGGCCAGACAUCUUUUAGGCUGUGCAAAAACCUGAGCUGAGAAACUUAAAUUCUGCACUCGGUUGUAUAGGACUAAAAUUUAUUUAUUUUGACUCUCUUUCCCCCCCUGUUUCUGUUAUUUUUAAUCAAUUUUAAGCAGUGCGAUUAAUCAAGUAAAAGAUUUUGUUGAAAUGUGCCCUUCUAGUUAACGUGGUAAGCGGCUCCUUUCUUCGUCUUGAGAUUUUCUUGGACAAAAAAAAAAAAAAAAAAAGACCCUUCGAAGGCUGGCCUUUGGCUCCCAGUCUGUUUCUGAAAGCCGCCUGAAAGCUUUGUGUACUUCAGGGUGAAACUGUGAGGCUUUUCAUUCUCAUCACAGGCAACGGAAGCUGGCAAAUCCUCACUUGAGGAAAAUGGCAGUAUGUUUCUAAAAACUGGAUCUUUGGUAAUAUAAGCAGUCUUUAAACUCGACUAACCUUUCCUUUGCCAUGGGGGGAAGCCAUUUUAAAUGCCUGUCUCUACACACAAAGCACACACAGACAGGUGAGACCCUGUGGAUUAUCUAGUCCAACCCCCUGCAGUGCAGGAAUACGCAGCUGUCCCUUAUGGGGAUUUGAACCCGCAACCUUAGUGCUGCGAGCACUGCAUUUGAUCCAGCUGAGCUAUAAUGAGGUGGGAAUGUGGAAUGCUCCUGUUCAGGGUUCCGGCCAGCCAUUUCCCUUUCCAGGAUACAAUUACAGUCAUACCUCGGCUUCCGAACGCCUUGGGAGUCGAAUGCUUCAGCUCCCGAACGAUCGAAAACCGGAAGUGAGUGUUCCAGUUUUCUAACAUUCUUUAGGAAGCCGAACGUCCGACAGGGCUUCCGAUUGGCUGCAGGAGCUUCCUGCAGCCAAUCAGAAUCCGCGCUUCAGAAGUCGAACGGACGACUAUUCCAUUCCAACUCCAGUUUUCCAUCUGUCUGCUCCUUCUUUCCCCUGUCAAAUCAGCUUUGAGGAUUUUUCACACACACUCUUAAGAUGUGGGUUUUGUUUUGUUUUUUAGUUAAAAGUUUUUAAAAUAUUUCUGCAAAUCUAGGGGUUCAUCUAGGCAUGCUAAUGAACGGAUGGUGCUGAUUUUUGGCUGCUUAAGCAGCAGCACUCGUGAGAAUGGGUUCCAUCAUUGCUACAUGGGAUGUUAAAGGCAACAUGGUUUUUCCUUUGGCAAAUGGCACCUGCUGUGCAUUAAAUUCCGAGGCUUCUCAUACUUGUUUGCUUGCUUGUUUAGAAAAUGUUUUUAUACCAUCCUUCAACAUUUCCGAUUUCAGAGGAGCAUGCAAUGUACAGUCGUACCUCUACUUACGUAUCGCUCUGUAUAUGGAAUCUUCAGGUUACGGCCACGGCAAACCCAGAAGUGUAUACUUCCGUGUUUCGCCGCGCACGCAUGCGCAGAAGUGCGCCUCUAUUUACGUUGUUUCCGGGUGCAAACGGACCCCCGGAACGAAUUACGUUCGUAUCCGGAGGGUCCACUGUAUAACCAACACAACAGCAGCACUCCCAGUCAACAAAAAGCAGCAGAGAAAAUCUUAAACCAGACUAAACUUCGCUUUGGGAAAUUUGCUCUGAUGAGAAAGCCCUUAUGGUUGAUCUUGGUACCUCUAAUGAUGCAUGCCUUCUGCUGAGUCAGGACACUGUCCCAUCUAGCUUGAAUACUGCCCACACCAGGUUAUCUUCAGCCUUUUGAGACCCACUUUUAACCCCUGCAUGUAUUUAGGGACCUGUUUCUUAAUCUUUUGCCAUGACGACAAGGUGGCCCUCAACACAGCAGAUGUUGAGGUUUCGCAAAUAUGCAGAGGCCUUCACGGGUCCCAUGCCUGAUAUUUCCUGGUACCUCUCUUUUUCACAGGUUUAACCCCUAUUGGUAAGGAACUGUAGCACAUAAAGAAUGCAAUUAGAAUGGGAAUAAGUGCUGAGGUAGUUGAAUCUUGCGUGUAAAUGGUCCACACAAAGGGGAGUUGCGUGUUUCCUGGGUGUAGAUAUUGGGAAGGGUGAGUGGGUCGGCUGAAGAGCUCAGAGGAAUAAUAGACCCAGAUAGAUAAAAUAUGAACAACCAAAAACUUUGGCAGGAUUAGAGUAACGCUUGUACAGUCGUACCUUGGGUAACGAACGCCUUGUGAGUCGAACAUUUUGGCUCCCGAACUCCACAAACCCAGAAGUGAGUGUUCCGGUUUGCGAACAUUUUUUGGAACCCAAACAUCUGACGCAGCUUUCUAUUGGCUGCAGGAAGAAGCUUCCUGCAGCCAAUCAGAAGCUGCGCUUUAGUUUCUGAACAUUUUGGAAGUUGGAACGAACUUCCGGAACAGAUUCCGUCCGACUUCCGAGGUACCACUGAAAUGUAUUAAAAACUAAGGUAAAAAUGGAUUGUUUUAAGAAGAAUAGAGAAAAUAUAUGAUGCAGUUGAAAAUGUUUGAUAAUGGAAACCAUGGAGGGGUCAAGGGAAGGAUUCAGGGAAUCCUAAACGUUGAUGAUUAAAGAUCAAUGUUUGAAUUUAAAUGUAUAAUGUAAAAUUGAAUAGAAAAGAUUAAAAAACAAGAUAGAUAAAAUACGAUUUGCACGUGGAGAAUAGUCACAGCGGAUAGCGAGUGAUUCGCAUAGCCACAGAUCUGUUACAGUAUUUGCAUGUCACCAGCCCUGGAUCGCAGCUGCUUGGUGAAUUGAGGAAUGUCCAGAAAGUCAAAUGUUCCACCUGUACUUGUAUGUGGCAGCUGCUGCCGAAGGAGGGGAUAAUUUUGGCUCUGAAAAUUCCCAAAGAUUCUAUUUUGGGAAGCAGGAGUCGUGAGGAGGAGCAAAAUUGGGAAAAGAGGUGUCUGCUUGUUGCUCUCGGGUUGGCACGCUUAUUAAAAUUCUCCGCUGCCGUUACUCUUCUUUAAUUUCUUUCUUCUCGGCCUCCCAUCUCUCCCAGCCAUUAAAAAUGAGAGCAUGUUUUAUAGACAGCCCUUAGGCUCUUUAUAGAGAUCCUCUCUCUCUCUAUUGACCCCCUGAGAUUCAAACUGACGCUCUCCGAGUGUAAUUUUGCUCGCCCCAUCUCCUUCCGAUGGAUGCGAUUUUCAGAAUGCUCUGGAGAGCCAGACAGGAGACGGAGGACUCAGAUCCCGAAGACUUUGGAAGCAUUAGGAGACAGAAUAUGAUGUCUCGGGUUUUCCUACAGGAUGUGGUAAAAGCUAGGAGACCUAGGGAGCAAGGGGGAUGGGGUUGGUAUGGUUGAUGGAUGCUCUUUCGGCUUGUGCUAUGAUGACCCAACAUUUUGGAACAGCUGUCAAAUAAUCCACCUUGCGGAAUAAUUUAAUACCAGGUUGAGCCACUUAUUCGCAUUCAAAGCUGGGAGGACUGCUGCAACAAAGUGGGCAUGGUUUGUGGCGGUAGCAGCUGCUACCCCAGGUAGAAUUUGAAACAAUAAAUUAGAAUUUUUGUUUACAAAAUUAGGGAGCCGACGUGAAAUGCCCAAAUUAGAACGGGAGUUGUGGCACCAUCCCAAGCUCCCCAAUGUUUAUGAUGUAAGAAUAUAUGAAAUGAGAAUGUGCAUUUUGGUGGUGAUACUAAGAUGGUAUCCUAUCAUUAGUUAUUGGAGAAGUCAUCGUUGAAACCGUGUUUGCGGAUUAAACCAUACCGUGUAAGCGUCCCGAUGGCAUGAGCAGGUAAGCAGAUGAAGAAAGGAAAGCACAACGUUAUUUCCAAAGAGCCAGUGUGGUGUAGUGGUUAAGAGCGGUAGUCUCGUAAUCUGGUGAACCGGGUUCACUUCCCCGCUCCUCCACAUGCAGCUGCUGGGCGACCUUGGGCUAGUCACACUUCUCUGAAGUCUCUCAGCCUCACUCACCUCACAGAGUGUUUGUUGUGGGGGAGGAAGGGAAAGGAGAUUGUUAGCCGCUUUGAGACUCCUUAGGGUAGUGAUAAAGUGGGAUAUCACAUCCAAACUCCUCCUCCUCCUCCUCCUCUACUUCUUCGUCGUCUUCUUCUUCCAAAGCCCAGGGUUUUGUCUUGCUUCUCCCUGACAAGCUAGGAUUCACAAACCAACAGUAAACCUUGGUUGUGGCUGGCAGGCCAUCCCAGGAACAACUCAUAAUCCGGGUUUUGAGGUAACACUAAAGUUAUCCCCCUUGACCUGGUUUGUUUAUCUGACUUAUGCAGAGGGAAGAUUCCAAAAUGGGAACGACUGGGAUUUCUACACUUUGUGGUUUAUUAAGCCAAGGCUCUUUGUCAAGGGACGCGGGUGGUGCUGUGGGUAAAACCUCAGUGCCUAGGACUUGCCGAUCGCAUGGUCGGCGGUUCGAAUCCCCGCGGCGGGGUGAGCUCCCGUCUUUCGGUCCCAGCUCCUGCCCACCUAGCAGUUCGAAAGCACCCCUAAGUGCAAGUAGAUAAAUAGGUACUGCUUUAUAGCAGGAAGGUAAAUGGCGUUUCCGUGUGCUGUGCUGGUGCUGGCUCGCCAGAGCAGCUUCGUCACGCUGGCCACGUGACCCGAAAGUGUCAGCGCUGGCCCCCUGCCUCUUAAGUGAGAUGAGCGCACAACCCUAGAGUCGGACACAACUGGCCCGUACGGGCAGGGGUACCUUUACCUUUGUCAUAUGCAAACAUGGGCAAUGGAAGGCCCCAUCUGCACUGUACGUUUAAAGCACUUUCAUACCACUUUAACUGUCAUGGCUCCCCAUAUAUAUAUAUAUAUCUGUAAUUUAUGAAGGAUGCUGAGCAUUGUAAAGAGAUCCCUUUUCGCCUCACAGAGCUACAAUUCCCAACGGUUCUUGGGUAGAGGGAUUGAUGGUUAAACCACUCUGGGAAUAGUAGGGGAAUGAAGGAGCGGUCUCCUAAGAACUCUCAGAAGCCUUAACAAACUACAGUUCCCAGGGUUCUUUGGGGGAAGCCAUGGCUGUUUAGAUGCUGCUUUACAUGUAUAUGGCAGAUGCACAAUGUGGCACAUAGAGACAUGAAUUUUGGAGGUCAAACCUGUUACGGUUGGUCAUUUGUCAACAUUUUAAGACUGUUGCCAAACAACCUGUCGUCCUCCUCUUUCUUCCUGUUUUUCCUGUUGACCUUACUACAAAAUGUGUAUUGCAUUCUGUUAGAAGAUGAAAUAGUUGUUUGCUUGGAACUCAGAGCCUUCUUCAGGCACAGAAGGAAAAUAGCUGGCAGGUAAAGGUAAAGGACUCCUGGACGGUUAAGUUAAGGCGCUAUGAGGUUGUAGCUCUUAUCUCACUUUCAGGCCCAGGGAGCUGCCGUUUGUCCAGAGACAGCUUUCCGGGUUGUGUGGCCAGCAUGACUAAACUGCUUCUGGUGCAACGGAACACGCUGACAAGCCAGAACGCACGGAAACUCAGUUUACCUUCCCACCACAGCGGUACCUGUUUAUCUACUUGCACUGGUGUGCUUUUGAACUGCUAGGUUGGCAGGAGCUGGGACAAAGCAACGGGAGCUCACCCCGUUGCGACCUUCUGAUCGCCAAGCCCAAGAGGCUCAGUGGUUUAGACCACAGCGCCACCUGUGUCUUCAAAGAACUCAAAAGCCGCCUUCAGCCGCAGAAGGGAAAUAGUUGGCGUGGAGCAUUGGACCCCUGCAAUUUCUGGCAGGAAGAAGCCUCAGCGUUGGCCAGCUCUAGUAUAUAAAUACUCGGAGCCUGAUCUUCUGCUUUUGUCUGAUCAACAGACAGGUUACUUGCUGCUGUCGGCCUCGAGCUUGCAGCUCAAGGAUCUUUAACUGGAAGGUCUCAAUCAGGGGUCAGCAAGCUUUUUCAGCAGGGGGCCAGUCCACUGUCCCUCAGACCUUGUGGGGGGCCGGACUAUAUUUUGAAAAGAAAAAAAUGAACGCAUUCUUAUGCCCCACAAAUAACCCAGAGAUGCAUUUUAAAUAAAAGGACACAUUCUACUCAUGUAAAAACAUGCUGAUUCCCGGACCAUCCGUGGGCCGGACUUAGAAAGCGAUUGGGCCGGAUCCGGCACCCGGGCCUUAGUUUGCCUACCCAUGGUCUAGAUGCUAGCCCCAGCUCGGCCCUGUCUCCCACAAGUUAACAGCCAUCAAACGGAAGUUAGCCAAGCCUUAUCUUCUGAGCAUGCCUGGAGGGGUUAACACCACUGUAUAUCAGUGCCUCUAAUCCAUGCUAAAUCCCUGAGGCAUCCCAGCAGCGCUUCCUGAUCAAGUGUAUCGGGGCCUAGUAAGACCAAUGGGGUCGCACCCCCUCAGUCCAGGACUACAAGCAAAUUGUCUAUCUGAAUGACCAAAUCUGUCUCUGUCCCCUUGCAAAGACUGGAACCAGACUGCUUAUAGAUAGACAGGAAUUAGCAAACAAAAAAGUUUAAUACAUGAGUGCCUGGGCCAGAUAGAUGAGUGUAUGCUUUCAGAACAAACAAACAACAACAAUUUAUUAUUUAUACCCUGCCCAACUGGCUGGGUUCCCCCAGCCACUCUGGGCAUCUUCCAGCACAUAUAAAAACGUAAUAAAACACUAAACAUAAAAAAAAAACUUCUCAAUAUACGGCUGCCUUCAGACGACUUCUAAAAGUUAUGUAGUUCUUUAUGUCCUUGACAACUGACGGGAGUACGUUCCACAGGGGGGGCGUCGCUGCCGAGAAGGCCCUCUGCCUGGUUCCCUGUAACCUCACUUCUCACAGUGAGGCAACUGCCAGAAGGCCCUUGGAGCUGGACCUCAGUGUCCGGGCCGAAUGAUGGGGGUGGAGACGCUCCUUUAGGUAUACAGGGCCGAGGCUGCUUAGGGCUUUAAAAGUCAGCAACAACACUGUGAAUUGUGCUCUGAAACAUAGGGGGAGCCAGUGAAAAUCCUUUAGGACUGGUGUUACCAUAUUUUUCGCUCUAUAAGAUGCACCAGACCACAAGACGCACCUAGUUUUUGGAGGAGGAAAACAAGAAAAAAAUAUUCUGAAUCUCAGAAGCCAGAACAGCAAGAGGGAUCGCUGCGCAGUGAAAGCAGCAAUCCCUCUUGCUGUUCUGGCUUCUGGGAUAGCUGCGCAGCCUGCAUUCACUCCAUAAGACGCACACACAUUUCCCCUUACUUUUUAGGAGGGAAAAAGUGAGUCUUAUAGAGCAAAAAAUACGGUAUAUGGUCUCCCGGCGGCUGCUCCCAGUCACCAGUUUAGCUGUUGCGUUCUGGAUUAGUUAUGAUUUCCAAGUCACCUUCAAGGUAGCCCCACGUAGAGAUCACUGCAACAGCCCGAGCGGGAGAUAACCAGAGCAUGUACCACUCUGGCAAAAUAUGCUCACCUAGCUGACCAACCCAUGCUGAGUUCGAAACUGGCUGAUGAUGUCCUGGUUCUCCUGGAUUAGGUGAUGACGGCUUGAAUUCUGACUGCAGCCUGAGUCCUUUUAAAGUAGCUGGUAAUUCUUCCCUGAGAAGGAGGGAGGUGGUGCAUGUCCUUCUGAGUAUCUUGACUGCCUGCAACAGGCAACAGUAGCGCGCUCCUUAUCUGACCAGAUUAUGACCUGGCGGUGGACUGGACAUGUCUGGUGCAGGACCGGCCGUGCAUACAGCCCGUUGGGUUGGACGCGAGCCAUUUUUAUCUGUAAAAUGAGUUUCCAGAGUCUUUUAAAAGCCAAUUAAGUCCAUAAGCCUCUGGGGGCAGACUAUCUUAAUAGGUUUGUUGCAGAGGUCUGGAGCACACCGUACAAGUUCAUGGGCACUGAUCAUGGGUAUGCAAACGUUGAAUGCACCAGAUUCAUUCUAGCUUAUUAUUAUUUUGUAAUCUGUAGACAGCCUUCUUUUACAGUAUACGAGGAGCAGCCUUGAGGUGCUCUCUAGAGAAUCUUGUAGCGUUGUUGUCAGACGUGAUUUUCAGAUUGGUUUUCUAAUAAUAGGAUUAUUGUUCUGGAGGUGUGGAAUUUGUGUUUAUUUGAUUUUUGCACGUGGAAAUUGUAUUUUAAUUUUGUAAAUUGCUCAGAGAGGAAAUUUCCUUCAUAGGGCAGCCUCGAAAUCUUCAAAACAAACACUAAAAAUGGUUUGGGCACAAUUGCACAUCAAAACCAAGGAAAGCUUCAUCUGUUGAAUUUCUGCAUGUCAUAAAGAUGUUUAAGGUCACAGGAGCCUUAUCAGAUGUUAAUCCUACAGUACAAUAAUUAAAAUUAUGUGAACCGCCCUGAGACCUUCGGGUAUAGGGCGGUAUAGAAAUUAAAUAAAUAAUAAUUAUAAUAAUUAUAAAAUAAUUAUCCUUCGUUUUAGGAGCCGCAAAAUUCAGAUAAGAAACAUCCCCCCUCAGUUACGAUGGGAGGUAAGUGAGGUCUCUGACAAGUGCAUAGUCUUAGCAUCUGUGUCUGAAAUGUCUUUUUAAUAAACUGGAAGCUGCAUGCUGGAUGAGUGAGCUUUGGGAUACUUUGAGAUGUGUGAAUGGGGCAGAGCAAUGGAGAUUAUUAGAUUUUCCGAUUCCCUUCCGUUGCAAAGAAAAGAACCCCUCUGGAGCGAAAGGAAAGAGACCAGAUUAAAUGGAGUUUCCCUCUUGCAACGCAUGCAUUUCCUAAACAAUGGUGCAUGUUACUUAGCUAAUCUAACCGCUGAAAUAAAUAAACCGCUGUUUAUUUACAAUAGCAUGUUUGCAUACCGUAUGAGUACAUUUUCAGGUUUUUUGAGCUCUGCUUUGAGACCUUGGCUCCAUCUUCAGUAUAGAUUUAAGAAAGUAACCUUGCCUCUUCAAACACUCAGGGCACGCUCCAAAGAAUCCGGGGAACUGUGGUUUGUUAGGGGGACUGAAAGUUGUCAGGAUAUUCCUAUUUUCCAUCACACGGAGCUACAAUUAUCCAAUUGGUUGUCAAUCCCUCUUCCCAGGGAACUCUGGGAAUUGUAGUUCUGGAAGUGGAAUAGGGGAGUCUCCUAGCAACUCACAGCACACUUUACAAGCUCCAGACUCCCCAGGUGUUUUUUUUUGCGGGGGGGGGGGACGAUUUUAAAUGUACAAUGCAAGUGAGUUCUUCGUCUCCUGUGGGCUGUUGUUGCUUUGUCCUUCAUUUUUGGCAUUUCCUUUCCUGAUUUUUACCUUUGGUGAAAUUUUCAGUGUAACUCUUUCUUUCUCUUCCACAAACCACUUAUUUUUGUUUCUUUCACAUCUGAAUAGGUUCUGGAUGGUUUGCUAGCUCAGUAUGGUACUGUGGAAAACUGUGAACAAGGUAAGGACCCUUGAGAUGUUUCAGAGAAUGUAUAUGGGUGGGCCUUGGAGCAAAAGACCAGGGCAAUGGAUGAAAUAGGCUGUAACCACUGAGCCUCUUGGGCUUGCCGAUCAGAAGGUUGGUGGUUCAAAUCCCCACAAUGGGGUGAACUCCCAUUGCUCUGUCCCAGCUCCUGCCAACCUAGCAGUUUGAAAGCACACCAGUGCAAGUAGAUAAAUAGGUACCGCUGCAGCGGGAAGCUAAAUGGCUUUUCCAUGCGCUCUGGUUUCUGUCACGGUGUUCUGUUGUGCCAGAAGCGGUUUGGUCCUGCUGGCCACAUGACCUGGAAAGCUGUCUGUGGACAAACGCCGGCUCCCUUGGCCUCAAAGCGAGAUGAACGCCAGAACCCCAUAGUUGCAUUUGACUGGACCUAACCGUCCAGGGGCCCUUUACCUUCCCCCCCUUUAAUCAUAGAAUUGUAGGGUGGGGACCCUGAAGAGCAUCUAGUCCAACCCCCUGCGAUGCAGGAAUCUCAACAGACUCAAUAUCUGAUAGGUGGCAUUCUGACCCCUUUGCUAUUCAUUCAUUCAUUCAUCAGAUUUCUGGACUGCUGUUCCUUACACAUAGUGAUCUCAGGGUGUGAGGUUACAGCAUAACAUAUUGCACAGACUCUGCUCAGGACAGAAUUUGUGGCAUAUGGUUAAGGGUGAAACGCAUAUUCGUAAACAGACGCACGUUAUAACUCUAGCAGAAGAUCCCAGAUCUCUUUGUUGUAUGCAUGUAUGAAUACACGUGAGUGCUGGACAUGUGUGUGGGUUUAGACACAUAUAUGUCACCGCAUGCAACAGGGGCAGCAAUAAUGCCACGCACAAUACCUAGCGGAAAUGGCAGCGUUCGGUGUGGGCUGAGCCCAGGGCUGCCAGCAGGUGCCUGGUCAUCCUGACACCACCCCUGUGGUCCAGUCUGCUGGGAAUUGCGAAAAAACAAACUUCUUUAAGCUCCAUCCCUUGCUUUCUCUCAUGGGUGGUGAUGAUUGAGGUUGUUUAAUACACAGUUAUUUUGAUUGAUGAUAAGGGUGCGUGCUUUAGCUAACUGCGAUUUCUUCCUCCUCCUCAUCAAGUGAAUACGGACAGUGAGACGGCGGUUGUCAACGUCACCUACUCCAACCGGGAACAGACCAGACAGUGAGUUUUUAAAGUACCUUUAUUGGCUUGUAAUUGUUAUCUGACUUGGUCCUUGGGUGUGUUCACAAUUCUGCGCAGGACUUCAAAUUCUGUGGCUGGCAAACCCCCCCCCCCCCCAAAAUACAUUUGCUGCUGCCUGCCUCCUUAAUUUAUUUCUGUUGCAAAAUCUGUGACUUGUUUAUUACAGUGGUACCUCGGUUUACGAACUUAAUCUGUUCUGGAAGUCCGUUCUUAAACCGAAACUGUUCUUAAACCGAGGUGCGCUUUCCCUAAUGAGGCCUCCCACCGCUGGUGCCCUUCCACCAUUCGGAUUCCAUUCUUAGACCGAGGUAUAGUUCACAAACCGGGACACUACUUCUGGUUUUGCAGAGUUUUUAAACUGAAUCGUUUGUAAACAGGACUGUUCUUAAACCGAGGUACCACUGUAUUUAUUUAAGUGCAUUUAUAUGUCUCACCCCCCCCCAAAGUGAUAUCAAAGCAAUGUUUGGACUGUAACACAGUUGAUUAACAUUUUCUUCCUCUUCUGGAGACCACAUUCUCAGGGUUGUGUGACAGUGGUGAUUUAGUCUCCCAAAUAGAGGCAAACAACCCUCUCCUCAGUUGAUCUGUGCACCCCCAUCAUUCUACCCAGACACUGAGGUCCAGUUCCGAGGGCCUUCUGGCGGUUCCCUCACUGUGAGAAGCCAAGUUACAGGGAACCAGGCAGAGGGCCUUCUCGGUAGUGACACCUGCCUUGUGGAAUACCCUCCCACCAGAUGUCAAAGAGAAGAACAACUACCAGACUUUUAGAAGACAUCUGAAGGCAACCAUGUUUAGGGAAGCUUUUAAUGUUUAACAGACCACUGCAUUUUAAAAUUUUGUUGGAAGCCGCCCAGCGUGGCUGGGGAAAUAAUAAUUUAUACCCAGCCAGAUGGGCGGGGUAUUAAUAAUAAUAAUAAUAAUAAUAAUAAUAAUAAUAAUUUAUUAUUAUUUUAUGACUGGAGAAGGGAGGGGUGGUUCGCCUCCCCAUGAGAUUGCUGGGCUGGAUAGGGAGGUUUAAAGCUCUCUUCCCACCUCAGCAAUGGUUGGCUUUCUGCAGCAUGAGAAACGGCAGAAGAACACCACAAGGAAGAUAUUUGGGUGACCAUGACUGGGCCUGUGAAAAGUUGAGUGAGCAAAACAUGGCAGUUUAGCACCAAACUCCGAGCACAGAAGCAUCUCAAAAAGGGUUCCUGACUGGACGCCCCUCUCUCCCCCUGCCAUGAUGCAAUGUGUAGAAAUAGCAGGGGUUGCAGCAGCAUUAAAAAAAGAAAAGAAAAAAGAAUUUCAGUAUCGGAUUUAAAGGUAGCAGCCACCGCCAUGUGUUGGGAUGCUGGGAUGUGUUACCAGGUUGUCCCAUAAUGUGGCCUUGUUAAUGGUAACACCCCCAUCUAUAGGUGGCUGUGUGGAACUGCAGCCCAUUGCUAAAAUUAUACUCUGGCCUUGCUUUCUUAAGGCAUGUUGCAAUCCUAGAUCUCUGAUGAGUUUACCUCAAAUACAGUGAUACCUCGGGUUACAUACGCUUCAGGUUACACACUCCUCUAACCCAGAAAUAGUGCUUCAGGUUAAGAACUUUGCUUCAGGAUGAGAACAGAAAUCGUGCUCUGGCGGUGCAGCGGCAGCAGGAGGCCCCAUUAGCUAAAGUGGUGCUUCAGGUUAAGAACAGUUUCAGGUUAAGAACAGACCUCCAGAACAAAUUAAGUAUUUAACCUGAGGUACCACUGUAAAUAAAUAAAGAAGCUUGUUUGUUUGUUUGUUUGUGGUAAACUCCUUAGAGAUCUAGGAUUACAACAUACCUUAAGAAAUCAAGGCCAGAGAAUGAAUAUGUGUGUGUGUGUGUGUGUGUGUGUGUGUGUACAUAUACAGUAUAUAUAUAUAUGUAUAUGUAUACAUACACCAUAUGUUUCCGUGUAUAAGACUAGGUUUUUUUCCUUAAAAAUAAUGUCAAAAAUCAGGGGGCAUCUUAUACAUGGGGGCAUCUUAUAGCCGGAAAAAAUACGGGUGUAUGUGUGUGUGUAUUCCUUCAUUCAUUCUCCACCUCCAAAACUGUUUCAUCACAUUUAGUUUAAGGUGAAAUGUACAUCUUGACAAAAUCUUAAUGUGUAGCGAUAAAAAACGUCAGGAUAUGAAGUGAUUUUUAAAAAUGCCAUUACUGAUGGCCAUUUCAAAUUAAUGGUGGUGGAGGGGAGAGAACUGCCCAUAUAUCAGCUUCCUUUCCCUUUGGCAGAAGUGAAUAAGGAGAAGGGAAAGGCAAAAAAAAUCACUGGAAAUGAGAAGCAAGCAGCUGUGGCAAUCAGAAGAGUGAAGAGGGCUUGUGGGUUUCAAAAGGGGGUGGGGGCAGAUGCAUGAGGAACCUUCCGGCUUUUCAAAAUGGCCUUGUUGCUAUAUGUUCUUGGCUGCUUUAUAUAUCGGCCUUGCCAUGACUCCACCCCUUUUUAUUUAUUAUAAUAAUACAGCAUGUGUGAAUGCUGUAUUAUUAUAGUGAAGCCUCUGCUGUGUGAAUUGGCAGAACUGGUGCGGUGGUGGCAAGGAACAGAGAAUAGUUUGAAGUCCAGCUUCUGUGAGGGAAGGAAAAGUUGUCAGCUGGUUGGGGAUUAAAACCUCAGGAUAAGCUGAGGAGUGGUCCUGGCCAAAAUUGCACACAGUAGUAGUAGGCCUCGAUUUCACAUGCAGAUUUUAACUAACCAGACAGUUCUUUUGACUGCAGAUGUGCUGAUUUUAGUUUUAAGUGGAGUUAAUUGAGCGGCUUCUCUCUGUGUGUAUCUGUCCAUCUUGUCUUCAGGGCCAUUAUGAAACUAAAUGGCCACCAACUGGAAAACCACGCACUGAAGGUCUCCUACAUCCCCGAUGAACAAACUGUGCAGGGUGCAGAGAACGGGCGCCGAGGGGGCUUUGGAUCGCGGGGCGCCCCGAGGCAAGGUUCACCCGUGGCUUCAGGAGCACCCGUGAAACAGCAGCCGGUAGACAUUCCCCUCCGCCUUCUCGUUCCCACCCAGUAUGUGGGAGCCAUCAUUGGCAAAGAAGGUGCCACCAUCCGCAACAUCACCAAGCAGACGCAGUCCAAGUAAGGCCCUGCUGGCUUAGCAAGUGUUUCCAUAGCAACCCCGCUUGCUUACUGCCACACCUUUGCACUGAUUUGCUGCCAAGAGUGUGCUAGGUGCUGCAUGGGACACAAGGCCGGCCCUAUCAUUGGGCAGAGUGAGACGUCUGCCUCAGACGCUGGGGGGUGAGGUACUGGAAGGCACAGUGGUGUGUGUGCCAGGCAAGCUGCGUCACAUCCCUUCGGAUGUCCUGCAGGGCUUAGGCAGAGUGGAAGGCCCUGUCCUGUUGACGCUGUUGAAGCCCAGUUGGUAUAUGGGAGGCGCCAUCUUGUCCUUCUCCCAUGGCAAAUAAAGCGACUUGGAGUAUGCUCUGGUGGAAACUUAGCCCAGAAGGAUUUAAGCUGUUAAGACUGGAGGGUCAGAGGCCUGGGGAUUGGGAUUCAGAGAACAAAAGUGUGCCUGCUCUUGGGCCUAGAAGGCACCUCAGGCUGCAGAUGUGGGUGCUGUUAAGGGUGGCACAUUGGGAAAUUUAUUUAUUUACAAGGGUGUGUAUGUGUCUUUAUAUAAUAUAUACGUGUGUUUUGUGUGUGUGUGUGUACGCGCACAUGUGUACACAUUCUUGACCUGCUACAGGGUAUUUUCAGUGAUGGUCCCCUGUUUGUGGAGUGCCAUACCCUGUGAGGUACAAAUGUUCCCCUCAUGGUUACCUGGCUCAUGGAAACCCAACCCACAGGGAAAUGAUAAUAUUAUUUCGUUUUUUGUGCUACCCUUUCUCUAAGAAAACAACUCUCUCUUUCCAUUUCCCCUCACUGCAGCCUCAUGACGUAGCUUAAGCUGAGAGACAGGGACUAGCCCAGGAACUAACCCAGUGAGCUUGAUGGCUGAGGAGGAGUUUUAACGCAGGCCACCUCAGUCCCAGUCCCAGAGCUCCAUUGUUCAUUGUUCGAGAUUCAAAAUUACUUCUACUACGGAAAUGUUCCUUUACUGGAUGUCUAAGAAGGUCUACAAACGGCCUUGUUCUUGCCUGGGGAGUUUUACACAGUUUUACAGAGGUUGAAAAGAUGAAUAUGGAAGGGAAAAGUCAAGGAUUGUGAGAUGUGUAGCAAAGAUGGGGAGCCUGGGCAGAGGCAGAGGAGCAGCCAAGGGGAGUCAAGUUUCUGAAGCAUCUGUUGGGUGGACUUUGGGUUUCUGGUUCUUCGGGCGCAUGCUGUGAUCCUACUUUUCCGAGUUUUGCUACUCAAGCAGCUGGCUCUUCUCUCCCUUCCCUGCAGAAUCGACGUGCACCGGAAGGAAAAUGCCGGGGCAGCAGAGAAAGCGAUCAGUAUCCAUUCGACCCCAGAGGGCUGUUCUGCCGCUUGCAAGAUGAUUUUGGAAAUCAUGCAGAAGGAGGCAAAAGACACCAAGACGUAAGGCUAUGGGCUAUCGUUGGCACAAAGUGUGGCGUUGGCUUAUUGGAUAGUUGUUCAUUUCCUUGACAUCUGAUGGGAGGGCGUUCCACAAGGCGAGCACCACUACUGAGAAGGCCCUCUGCCUGGUUCCCUGUAACCUCACUUCUCGCGGUGAGGGAACCGCCAGAAGACCCUCGGAGCUGGACCUCGGUAUCUGGGCUGAGCGAUGGGGGUGGAGACGCUCCUUCAGGUAUACAGGACCAAGGCCAUUAAGGGCUUUAAAGGUCAGCACCAACAAUUUGAAUUGUGCUCGGAAACGUACUGGGAGCCAAUGUAGGUCUUUCAGGACUGGUGUUAUAUGGUUUCGGCAGCCACUCCCAGUCACCAGUCUAGCUGCCGCGUUCUGGAUUAGUUGUAGUUUACGGGUUACCUUCAAAGGUAGCCCCACGUAGAGCGCAUUGCAGUAGUCCAAGCGGGAGAUAACUAGAUCAUGCACUACUCUGGCGAGACAGUCCACCUACAAGUAAGAUUACAAAUCAGAUUAUAAACCCACCCUGGCCCAGCUUCCAGAAGAGGCCUGUCUGUUCAGGGGUUGGUGUCCCAAGGCAUAAGAGGUUGCCUGGAAUUGACCUCAGGAACUUGUCAGAAGGUGGGAGUCCAACCCUCUGAUUUCACCCCUUUCCCCCCCCCAACUUCUCCCCCCUCAUGCAGGGCUGAUGAAGUGCCCCUGAAAAUCCUAGCCCAUAACAACUUUGUGGGACGGCUGAUCGGCAAAGAAGGCCGCAACUUGAAGAAGGUGGAGCAGGACACAGAGACAAAGAUCACCAUCUCUUCGUAAGGCUUUCUUCUCCAUUCUAUCCCCUCAUCCCCUUUCGUUUUGACCCCCUUUUUAAAUAAAAAAAGUAUUGUAUUCACACUAGGGCGCUAUGGAGUGUUGAAUCUGUGUUUCCCUUCAUCCACACAGGAGCAGUUUCUAUUUUAUGCCUUCAUAAUCUACCUCAAGAGUUUCCCACCAAUACUGUUGGGCAAGGGGUAUAUUUGUACCGUGUGUUGUCCUCUCCCCUCAGUUAGUUACUUCCCUGCCCACCAUAAGUCCUGGAAACUUGAGGUGCAUUGUGGGCCAGGGUGCACUCACUUAAAUAAAAAAAGUUGUUUUUUUGAAAGACGUAUUUUGCACGAAACAGCAGUCAAAAAUGAAAUGAGAUUAUGCAUGUUGCUCCAAGUUGGGCAAGGAUUUGGGGACACUUGCAUGAAAGGCUGAUGCUUCCUUUCCUCCCCAGGCUGCAGGAUUUGACCCUAUACAACCCUGAAAGGACCAUCACUGUGAAAGGCUCUAUUGAGAACUGCUGCAAAGCAGAGCAAGAGAUCAUGAAGAAAGUGAGAGAAGCCUAUGAGAACGAUGUGGCAGCUAUGAGUGUGAGUCUGCUUAUGUUGCACUUUCUCUGGGCAUUCAGAAGCUCUAAAGACAGUCCAUCUAGAGCUACUGCUAUCGGUCUUGGAAUCACUGGCUUUCCAUCAAAAGGCUCCGAAAUCCAUUCAGCUGCUUUGUAUGAAUACGUUAUCCUUCAAAAGCCAUUACCUAGUCGGUUGUGGACUUGGGAAUCUUAAUUCUUAGGCCAGGCAUCCCCAACCUUCAGCCCUCCAGAUAUUUUGGACUAUAAUUCCCAUCAUCCCUCACCACUGAUCCUGUUAGCUAGGGAUCAUGGGAGUUGUAGGCCAAAACAUCUGGAGGGCCUCAGGUUGGGGAUGCCUGUCUUAGGCAUUGGGUUCUGCAUUGUUACUUUGAAUAGCAUUGGUUCCUCCCUGCCAUACUUUCUUUUCCUCUUAUAGGUUAUAAUGGUAUGACAAAUAAAGUAGGAUGCAGAUGGGCAGGUGGGAUGAUAGAAAUUCUUGUGGACUAGAAACUUUUGCUAACUUGGUUGCAACAUCAUAAUAAGUUAAGUGGUCAAAAGAGAGGCUGUUAAAUGACAGGUGGAGGAAUAACUUCUAAGAAGAAAUAUGUGCAUUUCUCUUGAUUUGAAGCAGAGGCCCUGAAACAGAGAAGGUUGUUCGCAAAUGAACCCACCAUAAUUAUAAUGUAUUUAUUAUUUAUACCCCGCCCAUCUAGCUGGGUUUCCCCAGCCACUCUGAGCGGCUCCCAACAGAAUUAAAAGCACAAUAAAACAUCAGUCAUUAAAAGCUUCCCUAAACAGGGCUGCCUUCAGAUGUCUUCUAAAAGUCAGAUGGUUGUUUAUUUCCUUGACAUCUGAUGGGAGGGCGUUCUACAGGGUGGGCGCCACUGCCGAGAAGACCCUAGUAGUAGCAGCAGCAAUAUUUAAUAUUGACAUAGGGCUUUUUGAAUGUUCAGAUUGCAGUAAUCUUUACAAUAAUCGGUAGGCAUUGUUAUUCUCUAUAGUAGAUGGAGACUGAGAAAGACUUAAUUCUGAUGUAUUGGUUGCAUAUGGGCAAUCAGUCUCUGGCUUAAUGAACACAGGCAAUGGGAUAUUAAUGCCCGGUGUGCAAAUAAUGGGCAGCCCUUUUGAUUCUCCCUUGGCGCAAGUGAACAAAAAAGCCAGGAAGCCACAGUUAACCGCAGCUUCCUGUUAACACGCAAAGCGGGAACUAUGGUUGAUAGCUUCGAAACAAGCCAGGAUUCAUAAGUCAACCUUACGCUGUGUUUUAAAGCUGGCUUCUGAUCCUGGCUUGCUUGGAAGCCAUGAGCCACAGUUCCCAAUUAGAAGGUAACAGGAAGCCGUGGUUGAUUGCAACUUCCUGUCUUCUCCUGCACUCAUGUGAAGGCAGGACGAAAGCCGCAGCAAAGGGGUUAUGUGCAUGUGUGCACGACCUGGAUUAUUAAGCUAGAACAUGAAUACCUGCACCAGGCCAAUGUCCUACCAUGGUUUGGCAAACAGCAGCAUCUCUGUGGCUUUCUGAGCUCCCACCUCUCCCAUCUUGCACCUCCUCUCUGGUUUUUGCUAGCCAUAGUAUGCGGUGAAGCCUGAAUUUUCAAUCUCAGGUUAGUCCCUUACCUCCAGACCUCCAGAGUGCAAACGGCUGUUCCAAGGUUCACACCCACCAUAGCUUGACACUGACUGUAGUUAGCAAGAAGCAGGAAGUGGAGGAGGGGUAUGUUUGCCUCCUAGGUGGGUCAUAAGGAAAGGGUUAAAAAUGAGUGUGAUGUGAUUGGCCAGUGGAAACUGAUAGGAGGAGUUAGAGUGAGAGUCGGUGUUGUGUGAAAGUCAGUUGGGAGUUGAAGAAGGAAGAGGGAGGUUUAAGUCUGCGGGUUGGUCGAGUUGUGUGGUGAGGGAGUGAGAGGAAUUGUUAGGUGGAGUCACAUAGGUAGUUGGAAUAAUCAGUUUAAAGUUGUUAGGAACGUAUAGGACAGUUAAGGAAUUAAGAAUAAGAAUCUGCCAAGAAAAAUUAACAGAAACCAUAAGCUUGUUCAUGCCUAUAAAAUAAACUUGAUUAUUUGUUAAUGUUAACAACUGUCUGGACUCCGUGUGUACCCGUGAGGAGAAACGGGUUGGGGGCAGCGAAGAAAGCAAUCACAGUGGUGGCACAGGGUCAAUAGACCGUCAAACGUCCGGGGGCACUGUGUGAUCGCCACAGGGACCUAUGCAUGUGAAUGGAGAAAGGAGGUUGGCCGAGGCCCAUAAGUCUGCAGUGGUGCCCUUCAUUGCCAAAUUGUGUGAGUUGCACCACAGUGGCUUGCCUAAAGCCACCUGAGGAAUCCCAAGAGUGACGUGAGCUUGCUUCCGAGUUCUCUGCUCCCACUUUAUAGCUUGUGCUGCACCGUGCUUCAUAAACGUGUCGGGUUCACUGCUUUGGGGUUGCGGAACAGUUUCUCUUUGUUUACCUUGAGCAGCUGAUCGGCGCACCGGAACCUGGGUGCAUAAUGGAAAGUGGCAAUGUGCUAAAGUGUGUUUCGGUCCCCUGAUUACUCUAGGGACGCCACCUGUGUCCAAACUUGUUUCCAUGGGUGCAGAAGUUUAUUAUACAGAGCCUUUGGCUGCUUUCUUGGCUGUGUAAAUCAGGACAAGUUGAUUGAAUCAGUCUGCAAAAAGCAAGGCAAAACCGCCGCACUGCGAGAAGUGUUUCAGUGCUGCCAGGGAACUGCCAUCGGCUCAGGGGCGAGAGGGGAAAAGCCGGAUGGAUUACAGAGAGCCCCCAAAGAUCGUGGGAAGCAGCACUUCCUCAGUGGAGGAAGGAAGCCACGCCUCUAGUGGAGAGGAAAUGCAGGGCUGGGAGGAGGCAAGGCGGUGCCAGGACACCUUGCCUGAGCAAAGCGGGGCGGAGGGAGGUCCUCCUUUACCCAAGCCAUCCUUGCGCAGUAGGCUUCCGCGCAGAGAGGGGAGGCGCACACUGGGGGUCAAGAAACUAUUUAAGCACCGCCCACUCUCAGAUUCUGCCAGUGAAUGAGCAAGACACGGAAUAGAGGGGCUCUGCAUUCUAAAGGUUUUUACCACCAAUAAGAAAGCUUUAGAACAGACUAUUGAGGCAUAUUGCCUGAUUGCUCUUGAGCAUCCAACCGACACCUCUAACAAGUGAUGACAGCGAAUUCACAGUAAAAAUGUAGAAAUGAUUAUUUUGCUUGCCAUAUUACAUUUCCUCGCUCUCUUUUUCUUUUAGCUACAGUCGCACCUGAUACCUGGGCUGAACCUAGCUGCCGUUGGCCUCUUUCCUGCCUCUUCCAAUGCGGUGCCUCCUCCCCCAAGUAGUGUCUCUGGAGCAGCCCCAUACAGCUCUUUUUUGGUAAGCUUGAGCUCAACCUGCAGAAAACAUGCACUAGCAUAGAGCUUUCCUUUUCCUGUAGCGUGUGUGAGCUUCAGACAAAAUCACAUGCGAGUUCUGCCAAAACAAACAAGCCCAUGCACUAAACAUUCUGUGACAUCAUAGCAAGUCAGCCAAUGCUGGGUGCACGGCAGACAACAGUUUCAAACCUGGUAGUUUUGGAUAUCCCGUUUGACUGAUACUGACUGGUGACCACAGAAACUUUUAUCUCGGCAGCCUCCUGAGCAAGAGACGGUGCACGUCUUCAUUCCUGCCCAGGCUGUGGGUGCGAUCAUCGGCAAGAAGGGACAGCACAUCAAACAGCUCUCCAGAUUCGCAAGUGCCUCCAUCAAGGUGCCCGUUCCAUUCUGUUUAAUCCCUAUUGUUGGUUUUGUUGAUUGAUGCAAGCCAUGAUGGUGCUAGAAAACAAAGUAGGCACCCCGGGGUCCCAUUUGAACUUCAGGGGAGUUGUGGAAGAGCAACCUGGAAUCAGAGAGUUGUAGAGUCCAACCCCUUGCAGUGCAGGAAAACGCAGCUGUCCCAUACGGGGAUGGAACCUGCAACCUUGGGAUUAUCAGCACCAUGCACUAACCAACUGAGCUAUCCAAGCUGAUCUGCAUCAUUUUGUUCAUGGGGGAGCUUCCCAGUGGAUUAUGCCACUACACUUGUGUUGAUGCAGCUUAGUGGCACUGUCUGUUCUGCUUGCUAUGCUAGAGAGUUUCUUAAAAUGUGCAGCAAAUCUUUUUUUUAGAAAGGCACAGCCAGUUUGCCAAGAGUGAUGCAAAUUUCCUUUUAUUUCUUCCCUCCCCCCUGUUAGGAAAGUCAGGUAAAUAACACAGAGAAUGCCCAGAGAGAAAAGAAAUCCUGAGGAAACAGAACAGAAACAGUGUAUAAUUUAAUAAGAAAGGAACAGAGAAGUUUUGUCCAUCUUGGUUCAGGCCUUGUGCAUGGCAGGUACCUGCCCACUGCCUGCCUGCUUAAAGGAGAAUCGUGGGGCUACCUCAAAGACCCCUUUUGCAAAGUGCUUUAAGAUAGCCUGCCUACUUGUCAGGUUUGGCAUGUGAGGCCAAUACUGAGAAGGAUCUGGCUCUGAGCCAAAAGUAUUCCUCACUCCUGGUCCACAUGGACUGUCAGCUGUUUUCCAGGUAGGAGAGGCUUUUUCUUGUCCUACCUGGAGAUGUCAGGAAUAUGAUCAGGGACCUUCUUUCUGCAACCAAAGCAUGCACUCCACCAGUGAGCUGUGGCCCUUCCCUAAUUGAUUUCUGCAGCUGUCUUGCCCUGGGCUCCUUUAGAGGAAGGUGUAGGGUAUGCCAUCUAAUAAAUAACAAUCACAAUAAUUGCCAUCAGGAAUGGAUGGAUCAUCCUUUGGCUCAGUUCAGUCUGAAAUUAGUAUCUUGGGAGUAGAGGGUUGGGGAAUGAAUCCCAGGCUUUGCUGAUAAAUGGCUCUCCCUUCUGUUCUUCCUCUUGUGUCCUUCAGAUUGCGCCUCCAGAGACGCCAGAUUCCAAAGUGCGAAUGGUGAUAAUCACUGGACCACCGGAAGCCCAAUUCAAGGUUUCUUUCCUUCCUUCUUACAGAUCAGUGGCCACAUGAUUAGAAGCAUCGUCUUCAUUAUUUACUGAGUGCUGUUACUCAGGCCCUGUUGCAGGCUUCAAAUAGGCACCCAGUUGGCCACUGUGAGAUCGGUUUGCAGAACCAGAUGUUACCGCUACUGGUUUUUUAUCAUUAUUUAAUCACCACUAUUGUGUCACACACGGGUGGCGCUGUGGGUUAAACCACAGAGCCUAGGACUUGCCGAUCAGAAGGUCGGCGGUUCGAAUCCCCGUGACGGGGUGAGCUCCCGUUGCUCGGUCCCUGCUCCUGCCAACCUAGCAGUUCGAAAGCGCGUCAGAGUGCAAGUAGAUAAAUAGGUACCGCUCUGGUGGGAAGGUAAAUGGCGUUUCCGUGCGCAGCUCUGGUUUGCCAGAAGCAGCUUAGUCAUGCUGGCCACAUGACCUGGAAGCUGUACGCCAGCUCCCUCGGCCAAUAAAACCAAUGGGGUGACCGCCGCAACCCCAGAGUCGGUCAUGACUGGACCUAAUGGUCAGGGGUCCCUUUACCUUUAUUGUGUCACAAUCCAUAUGCACAAUGCUUUACAAAGUAACACAAGCAGAGAGAGAGAGGGGUCUCUGCCCUGAGGAGAUUACGGUUCACAUUUCAAUAAUAAGGGAGGCAACAGUCAGAAGAAUGGACUGUAUUUUUUGGCAAAGGGUGUUUAGGGAGAUAACAGAAAUCACUGGGUUAAAGCUGACCAAAAGUCCAGAGGUAGCAUUAUUAUCAAUUUACGAUGGGAUGGAAGAUUUGCAGGCUACGAAGGACUUGCUCACAAAUUUAUUGACAGCUGCACGAAUUAUGAUAGCUAGGAAGUGGAAGGGGCAAGCAGAAUAUAAAAUGGAAGAAUGGUACAAAGAGGUGUGGGAUAUAGCUAUUAAUGAUAAAUUAACAUGUGCCAUUAAGGUAAAACGGGGAAUACGCAGGAGAAAUGAUUUUGGGGAGAUGUGGAGGGUGUUUGUAGAAUUUGUACUGUUAAAACGGAAAGGGGUCAAACCAUCGCAAGAGGUGUUGAAAUUUUGGGAGGUUGGAUAGUUACAUUGGAAUAGUCUUGGUGGUGGAGUACACAUUUUUAUUCUUAUUUAUCUAUGAUUAUUACUUUGUCAAAAAAAUUAAGAAUAAGAAUAGGCUAUUUAAAAGCGCCUUGGUUGUUGUUGUUUUUUUGUCAUGGAGCUCUCAGUGAGCAACAAAACAGCAACUAACUCAACGAAGGUGUUGCUGACACUAAGCUCUAGGCGUGCCCCUCCUCUCUAGCCUCUCACUCUGGAUCCCUCCCAAGCAGAUGAAGGCUGUGUCGAGGGGGGUGGGCUCCUCCUUUGGACCUGUCUGGCCUGUUGCUCAGCAAUGUGCGGGACCCUCAAGUGGGGAGGAGAGUCAGCAGGAAUGGGACUGUCUUAGUCACACGCUUUGACUCUCAGCUUCCAAUCCUGGAGGGCUCACCUUCCCCUGACCCUUCCUUGAUCACUCCAGUCUCCUGUUUCUAUCAGCUUCCAGCUUGUCCCAUCUGCUGACUGCUCCUCAGUGUCCCACCACCAGGCUUCACACUCUAAGGUGUCAUCUUUGGUGCCCUCCCUGGGGGGCUGUUGGGCUGGCAGCUCCCCCCCACUCCUCCCCAUCCAGCCUGUCCCUGACAGUUUUAAAAUACAGUCGUACCUUGGUUUUCGAACAGCUUAGUUCUCAAAACGUUUGGGCUCCCGAACGCCGCAAACCCAGAAGUGAGUGUUCUGGUUUGCAAACUAUUUUUGGAAGCCGAACAUAUUCCGCAGGUUCCGAUUGGCUGCAGGAGCUUCCUGCAACCAAUCUGAAGCUGCGUUUUGGUUUCCGAAUGUUUCGGAAGCUGAACGGACUUCCGGAACGGAUUCCGUUCAACUUCCAAGGUACGACUGUAUAACCAGCACUAAGUCUUCUGGGCUGGGACAAGGCCAGGGAUGUCCCCGGAACUGGUUGAUUAAUAUCCUCCUGGUCUCUUCAUUUCCUCCCCACCCUUCAGGCUCAAGGACGGAUUUAUGGCAAGCUUAAAGAGGAAAACUUUUUUGGCCCCAAAGAAGAAGUGAAGCUAGAGACGCACAUCCGAGUCCCCGCUUCGGCCGCAGGGAGAGUCAUUGGCAAAGGAGGCAAAACAGUAAGUGAAUGGUCAGGUCUGCCAAGGCCUGCUUUGGGGUCAGACCACUGGCACUGCCUUGACCCAAGAUGGAGUAUGGAGUGUGUCUCACAAUGAUGGUGUUUGAUUAUUAUUGGUUAUUACUUAUUGAGAGCCUGCAAGCGUGCUAGAAGUUAAAGCUGGGGCAUGGUUCACACUUUGACACCUGCCAAGUGUUUAGAAGAGGUUGAAUCCUAAAAGAACUAGACCAUAGUUUCUCCCCGCCCCCACAUCAUAUUUUCUUCUCUAUUAACGUAUAUAACAUACAUAAUCUAUUCACUCUUCUAUCCAAUCUCAUUUCACUAAUACAAUAGUUGACUUCCCCCUACCUCUUUACAGCUUCGUCAUUUCUCUUUAAUUCCUUAUCUUUGUACUGUGUUCUAGCAAACUUUCAUCCUUCUCUUUAUAUAAUAUCUUUCCUCUGUUGUGUUUGUGUGAAAUUUACUCUAGGCACAUCCAAGUAUUACUUUGGGAAUCAUACUUAAUUUUUAAAACAAUCCCAUUCUUUCUUGAUUUUUAUGUUUGAGUGAUUUCUUAUUGCUUCUGUCAGAAACAGAACGACAGACCAUAGUUUCUUAUGAUAUCGGAAUCAACACUGUCUUGACAAAAAGGGGCAUGCAAGUGGCUAGCAAGGAAUGAUUUGAAGUCAUGCCUGGAAGUGUUUUGCCAGCAGUGGUUUGGGCAUACCGUAACAGUUUGUGGUGUUACCUUUGCACUGACAAAACCAUUGUUUGGGGUGAUGCUGUGCCCUCAUAGGGUACUGUUUAGAACAGUGUCCAGAAAUAUUAGGGGAAAAGGAGGAAGAAACCUCUAAAACCAUAAUUUGCAUGUCUGAAACACAAACCAUGAAGUUUUAACUAUGGUUAGUGCAAAGCAUGGUUACCUUUGAACCCAGUCUUAUUUUUAAGAGUCUGUAGGAGUAAGUGGAAGGGAAUGAUAGGGUUUAAGUUACAGAAUACAGAAUAAGAUGGUUUAAAUUAACCUUGAGCGCAGGCAAGCUUGAAGUUCUCCUGUUAGCCUUAUUAAAGUGGAGUGAAGCUGGACCGCAGGAGCAGCAGCAGUGCCGGAGAACUGAAUCAGGGCUGCUUCGUUUCAUAAAAUCAAAAUGCAAUUAAGCGUUACUGUCUUUCCACUCGACAGGUCAAUGAGCUGCAGAACCUGACAGCAGCAGAAGUAGUUGUCCCGCGGGACCAAACUCCCGAUGAGAACGAGCAAGUCAUUGUCAAAAUCAUUGGACACUUCUACGCCAGCCAGGUAGGGGCCAUGAUAGAUCAUUCUUGCCAUAUUGGUGUGGGUGGAAGAGGUUAAAUAAGAACUGGACUAAAGACUUCCCCCACCUGAUAGUGUUGGGCCAAUCGCAAGCUGCACUUUGGAACGGAUUCCGUUCGACUUCCAAGGUACGACUGUACUUAAUGGAGUUUGUCAGCCCCAGCCAGCGCAGGUAAUGGGAGUUGUGAUCCAGAACAUCUGGCGGAAAGGUUGGCCCACCAUAUCAGGCCAGUGCCAUUGUUAUAAACCCGUUUGCCCUCUCUCUCAACCCCCUCCCUGAAUCUUUUUCUUGCCAGAUGGCACAACGCAAAAUACGCGAUAUCCUCGCUCAGGUGAAACAACAGCAUCAGAAGGGGCAGAACAGCCAGACGCAAACACGGAGGAAAUAG